GUGUGUUCAGCUGAGGAUCCAGCAUUAUUCAGUCACAUCAGAGGUGGGGCUUCUGCAGUCAGUAGGAGGGCUUGAAUGAAUGCAGGGUAACGCAUCAAACUCCCAAUCCCAAAAUAUCAAGCAUCUCUGUGCAUGUAUUGAAUUAUUUAACAGGAGCAUCCAUGAGAGCAGAGCCCUUGGAAGUGCUAAAGAUUGGUAGUGUUCCCCUGCCUUCCCAGGGAUGGAUGUUUACAGGAGUGCAGUUUGCCUUGUAAUGGGAUAUUGCAUGUAAGAGCUUUACUUUGCAAAUACUAUCACAGCAGCCAACUGUGGGCAAGGUAAGAUUUACAGAUAUCUUACCCUCUCCCAUCCUUCUAUCCUGUAAGGGAUGACACAAUGUUUCCAAACUUCUCUUUAAUCAGGCACUUUCUAUGUUUAGCAGCACUUGUGUGUGUGUGUGUGUGUGUGUGUGUGUGUGUGUGUGUGAGUGUGUGUGUGUGUGUGUGUGUGUGUGAGUGUGUGUGUGAGUGUGUGUGUGUGUUGUUGUUUUUUCUUUAAAGCUAAAAUAUAUUUAUAUUAUUCUAUUUCUUUUAAUAAAGGCAUUGUUACAUAGUAUCAUAAUACAUAAAUUAUUGCAUCAUAUUGUCAUAUAUACAGUUUGUCUAAUAAUAAUUUAAUACUACAAAUGAGAUAAAUAAAUACACACUCACUAUAAUGCCAAAUACUAUUAUAAACCCAUGUUAAUGUAUGUAUAGUAUGCGUGUGUAUAUUAUAUAUACACACACAAUAUAACACACGUAACACAUACAUUAAAAUUGGUUUCACAAUACGAUCUGGCAAAACAUGGUGUGUAUUUAUUUAAUUUAUAUGAUUAAACUAUUAUUGAGUUAUUCAUAUGAAUAAAUACAUGGAUCUAAUUUAACACUAAUCCUCCUGCCUGGUAUCCCCAUUUUUGGCUCUGGAUAUACUGUCCCAGCAAAGAUGCAGCGACAGGGGAUCGGACAUACUAAAACAGGGCUUUUACCAUAGAAUAUCACGUUAACCCUGCAUGUACUGGAAACUGUUUCAAUGCAAUGGGAAAUCCUGUGGCGCUCGAAAGGUUAAGCGUCAUGUUGCCCACUUGCACAAACACUUCCAAUGCACCACAUUGUAUCAUUCACUCCUCUGGAACCUAAAGGGUUAAUGUGAACUGCAAAGCUUUGCAUUGCUGGGAAUGGAUUCAUUAUGGCACUGUCUCAGUUUUUAUAAGGUCUUGGACUGUGCAUUUAACCUCUCACCUGCCAGCGGUAACGCAGGCAAUAUAAACCAAGCCAAAUACUUAAAAACAAAAUGCAAAAAAAGAGAGAAAAUAUUUAAGGAUACCAAAAAACGGUCUUAUUCAGCUUACGCUGUACUUAACUGCUGGUAAAGCAGAGGAUUAAAACAAACUGCAAUGCAAUUGUUUGCAGACACUUUAUGACAAUCUAGCUGAGUUGUUUGCAAUUUACAAACAUAUUCUUUUUAUGUAUUUAUUGAUAUUAAGCGGUUCGAUAGGUCAGUUGGUAAGUGUGCCAACUUUGAUAGCUGCAGUCCCUUGUAAAAUCUCAGGGUCACAAGCUCAGCAUCAUGGGGACUGGAAUUAAAUGAUGUUCCCCACAACUAGAGAAAUCCAAAUGUGUUGUUCUUCAUAAAAUACCCAAUAAUUAUUAGUAAAUAAUAUGUUAUCCACAAACAAGAAGAAUUUUGCUUGUUGACCUGUAGCGCAGUUAUUCUCAUUUACCUGGGUUUUAUUGCAAACCUAUGAAGGCUUCUACAAAUACAAUCAAAUAGUGAGUCUGCUCUGUUACAUAACCGCAUACAUUGUGCAUUGUUGCAAUUACAGAAUGCAGAUUUGGCUUGGUACAAUCCCAAUCCUUAAUUCACUACAUCUCACUAAACACAGACAUCAAGGCUACACAAACAGAACAAAAUAAAAUAAAUAGUAUAAACAUCGUUUCUUUCCCUGAAUUCUCAACUUAUAUUCAAGAUAUAAAUUUACAAAGUCCAUAGAGUGUACUAAACAUUUCUGAUGCACUAAGAUAUCCUACAGUGUUUUAUUUAUUUAUUACUGGCAUUUAUAAAGCGCCAACAUAUUCCGCAGCGCUGUACAAUUGUACAAUAAAAAGGAAAAUUUAUUUGAGGAAACAAAAAAAAAAAUCCAGACAGCAGCUAAAGGUAAGCACUAACGUGCUUAUAAUAGAAUUCUCUGAUAUGAAAAUACUUUAAUAGAGUCCAGGGUUUUCCCCUUGUACAGCAAGUGUUCCUUUUUGCUUUGUUCAAAACACGUCAGUGUAAUAUGGUAAAGCAGGACUAUUGCAAUCUGAAAAUGUAGCUCGCUUUCUGAAGCAAAUCCCAGGCAACAUCUAGCAUUUGUCUGUUACACAGCCAGCAAGAAUCUAGGUCACGCUUCUCAUAUAACUGCAUAACAAGACUGAUAGUGAAUUCGCCUGAAGAAUUACAAGUAAAGUGUGAUAAACCAUUAGCAAAGACAAGUACACAUUCUAAUGCAGUAUUAAUUGAAGGCAGAGCAUAGUCUGUACAUCCUAGCCAUUCAUAAACAAAUUCUCCAUUAACACAGCAGGAGUUUUAGUUAAUUAAUACUGGAUCUAUACAAUGGCUCUACGGAGCCAUCGAUGGCAGACUCGAGUGAGAUCGUUUGCUUUAAUCGCUUUGAGCUUGAAUUUGUAAGCAGCACAAAAACUUCCAAAUGGCGGUUUUCAUAUAUGUUUACACACGAACGAGCUAUGACGUAUGCAAUUCGUCGUCCAUGCACUUGCUGAGAGUCGCAUAGAAGUUUGCCGGGCAAAUUAACUGUAAAAAGACGUCACAUUGACAAAAUCUUAUCAAAAGACAAUGGCGGAUAUUUAUCAAAGUGUUGUGAGAUAUGACGGUUUAAUUUUGAUGUUACCUUUUUCACGUAUAUUAAAGUGUUCUAAAAUUGAUCUAAACAGUGAAAGUUAUCUUUAUUAAAUUGGAAGUAAAUUCUUCCAAUUUUCGUACAAAUUUCAACUUUUAGAAGACCCGCAAACUUAAAGUGGUAGAAAAAAGAGAAUUAAAACAAAGCAUGUCUCUGUUAGAAAACAGAUCAGAAAGAUUGAUAAAUCCAUUUUGUUGAUAGAAAAAUGGCAAAUAUAUUCAAUAACUAUGGUUAAGGUGCAAAAAGAAGCAAAGGACUAAAAAAAUGGGAGAUUUAGUAAAAGUUUAUUGAAAAUUACACGUAACAUUGAAUGUUACUUUGAUAAAUCACCCCAAUGUGUUCUUCCCAGUUCCAAAAGUCAAUGGGUGUCUUAGGAUAGGUGGAUUAUAUUUAUGCCGUGAACCAAUUAUUAAACACGAGCGAGUUUAGCUGCUGUUUAGUCCCAAGACUGAUAUGUGCUGGGCAUGGAAAACUGUAUGGGGUCCUCGGGACCCCCUAUUAACCAGGUAGGGCCUGAUAACUGAUGACUCCCCUUUAACCUGUGUGGCUAAUGUAGGCAUUGAUUUAAUAUUUUCAAAAUAUGAAAAAAUUUAUGAAUAUAUAAAAAAAUAUCAAAAUCGUUUUCAAAAUAAUAAGUUACUUAAAAGCUUAUCCAAAAUUAUUAAACAGAGGCCAUAAUGAGCCAAAGUCUUGCUAUAACUUUUUAUAACGUUUCUGUAACGUUUCUUGCUAUAACGUUUAGAACGUUUCUGAGAGCCUUUCUAUCCUGAUAAACACCCUAAGAAGAAAAAUAAAAAUACAAAAUAGAUUCCUACUUCGUGUGACUCCAGAGAAAAGUGAUGACUAUUACUACUUGCCAUGUUUGGAAUAUGUCAUUUAGAACUUACCUGGCCAAGGAUAGAUUGUGUGAAAUAUUUCCUGUAGCGCUAAUUAUGAUACUGUCCAUUGUUUGUUCAUUGGAACCUAAACCAGCCAAUCACAGUGCGUGGGAGGGCUAAGACUGAGAUAUCCAAAAUCUCUCUAUACCGCGUCCAGCCGUCAGCUCGGAAGCAUGGCGUAUCUUUGUAAAGUCUCUAAUUACAUCUCUGCUCUGAGUUUAUUUAAAUUUUUCAUUUCUUAUUUUGAGUCUGUCUGUGUUUGAAGACGUACAGGGUGUUGUUUGACGCUGUACGAUAAUAUACAUAUCAAAUUAUUUUAUUUUAUAGUGUUUUUAUUUUUAUUUAUUUUAUAUAAAGGUUUUGAACUAAUUACCCUCUUCCUAAUGCUGCUUAGAAAUUAAGGCAAGGUGGCAAUGCUUUAUCCCCUUUUUUAAUGUUGUGGCGUCAGGGUAUUGGAAAUGUGUCUAUCUAUUGAGGUAAGACCAUAGUAGACGGGCAUCCCUUGGCCCUGUAAUACUGGGAGGGAGCAAAGUAUCUCAUAGCCGAGAGUUAUGUUGAUAUUACCCCUCUAUCCCAAAGGAGAAAGAAUGUAAAUGUAAUGAGAGAGGAGAAAGUCCUAUUGUUGACAGUUGCUGUUCUCAGUUCACUGCCCAUUUUAGAGACUGUGGCGCAUAGGUGUAGCAAUAUUCCAGGUAAAGACACUUAAAGAACAUUCUAACACCAUAACCACUGUCGCUCCUAAAGCCUACAAUUACCCUGGAUGGAUUCACAUUUGAUAAUGCAGACGUGUGAUUUCUACAACAUCUGGGAAGUUGCAGAGGGGUCAAGUUUUGGUGCUGGGAAGAAACCACUUACCACUACAAUGACCUACCUGUAAGGGUUUCUUUAAAUGACGAUAUGUGAUGUACAAAUGUGUGCAGUAAUAUCUGGGGGGGUUCUUUAAAAAUAUAAUUAAUAAUAUAAUAUAUCAUUUUAUAUAUUCUAAAAAUAAAGCGGUAAAUCCCAGAAGAGUGCCUACACAGCAAUUUCCUUAGCUGCACAAUAUUUAUAAUUGCCAAAAAUCAAUAGUUUGCUGCCUAACUGGGAUCUCCGAAGCAAUUAUGCUUUUAUGAAGCUUAGCUAACAUUAGCUAUGGAAUCCCAUUAACGCAACAUUCCAAUGUAACGUGGAUUCCCUUCUCUGACAAUCUGUUAUAUAGAAUGUGUCUGAUAUAAUAAUAUGUCUGCAACACUUAUACUGCAAGGCAUGACUUCCCAGAGAAAAUAUACUUUAAUCUGCUCAAUGCCAAGCUGUAGAACCAUGUAUUAUAAAGGCUUCCAAAGAGUUAAUUUCACACCAUUUAGCCGAAAUGGAAAAGAGCUAAAGUGUGUCAAUGCUUUUUAUAUUAGCAUAGUGAUGUGUGGCAUUCUGGGAGCUUUGUAAAAUCAGCCUUACAGAAUUGUUGUGCAGGAGGCAUUAAAUUAAAAUCUUCCACGUGACAUGAAGAUUUUCAUAUCCAUACAUUUGAUCACCUCUCUACCAGAAAAAGGAAACUGGUAGCAUUCCAGACACAAAGCAUGGGCAGAAUUGUGUAGUUUGGUUUGCUAAAACAAGGCUAUAGUUCAGCCCAUGAUUGGAGUUGGGCAUCAAGGAUUUAGAAUGACAAGACAUCAGAUUGAAUAGCCAAUUCUCACAUAUGGAAGUAUAUGUACUUUCACGCCUUUCACGACCACUGCAUUCAGUGAUGGUAUUGGGGGAGGAAUAACAACUGCAUUAAUAUAACAGUAUCUCUCGGUGCUCUCUUUCGUACAGAGGAGAGAGGACUAUGCUGUGAGGGUGCACAGUAGAGAGCUAUGUCACUCGGAAAGGAUCUCACACCCUUACUAGACCUCCAGCGAAGAAGGUUUAUGGAAACCACCAUCUUCUGGUGCCAUGGCCUCCAUUGAUACACCCAGAUUAAACCACAUUAAAGAGAUGUACACAGAAGUGAAUAGUAUAUAUAGAUCCCACCACUAAUGUGUUAAUGGAGCGCUUUAGAUUUUGGACUUACCCCUAUGGGUUAAUACAAUUCUCAGUUUUUAGGAAAUGUAUUUCAAGAUAUAAUCUGUAACAAUAAAGCUAACAUGGUGCAAUAUACUAGUGACACAGAAUUUUAAAGAGAUUAUAGUGGUAUAGAGUCACAAUGAUCUCACUCACAUGGGACAGAGCCUCUUUGGAUGGGCUCAAGUCACUUAGACAUAUGUGUACUAUGGUGACACCAAACCCCCGGUUUCUUCCUUUUCUUCUUCACAAGUACCUCAUAGGUCAGGGAGAGAAGAGGGCAGGGGAACAGGGGAAGCAGAACAGCUUCUAGUGUAAUUAAUCCCACAGACCAAAAGUACACUUAGGAAAGAUGGCUCCUCACCUUUUCAGGAGCCUGGACCUUGCUCCUGGUAUAUAGGUAUAUGUGCCUUUAAGGGGGCAGCUACCCUUCUUUUAACAGCAAGAUGGAAGAUGGUCAACUUGGGUUCUUGUAUAAAAUGUAAUUUAUUGAACAAAUAAAAUACUUAGCAUGCAAAAUAAAAACGUUCUAAAAAUAUAUAUAUAUAUAUAUAAUACAGACAACAAGUCUUCCUCCCGAGACACGUUUUACUGUAUCCCCACAGCUUUUCAAUACCGAUUGCACAUGGGGAGUGUAGGCUAGCCCGUCUGUUCUGAUCACACAGAAGAAGUACCUCAAAUGACAGCAAACUUAAUGCUGGCCAUGAUAGAAAUGUGUCCAAACACACAGUAUAUCGCAGUUUGCUGCAUAUGGGGCUGCAUAGCCGCCCACCAGUCAGAGUGACCAUGAUGACCCUGUCCACCUCCAAAAAGCCUUUAAUGGGCAUGUGAAGGUCAAACCUGAACCAUGGAACAAUGGAAGAAGGUUGCAUAGUCUGAUGAAUCAUGUUGUCUUUUAGAUCAGGUGGAUGGCCAGGUGCGUGUUUGAGGUUUACUUGGGAAAGAGAUGGCAGCGAGAUGGGAAGAAGGCAGGCCAACUGAGGCAGUGUUAUGCUCUGGGCAAUGUUCUGCUGGGAAACCUUGAGUCCUGGCAUUCGUGUGGAUGUUACUUUGAGACAUAUUACCUACCUAGAGAGUGUUGUAUACCACAUAUCCCUGUUCACUGCAAUAGUGUUUACUGAUAGCAGUGACUUCAUUCAUUAGGAUAAUGCACACUGCCUCACUGUGAAAACUGUUCAGAAUUAGUUUGAAGAACAUGACAAAGCAUUCAAGGUGUUGGCUAGGGUCUGCUGCUAAUGUCUUGGUACAAGAUACCACAGGGCACAUUUAGAGGUCUUGUAGAGUCCAUACUUCGAUGCAUCAGUACUAAUUUGGCAGAACCACACGAUAUUAGGCAGGUGGUUUUACUGUUGUGGCUGAUCCAUGUAUUAUCAAGGAUGUUUUUUGUAACAUAACCACUACAGCUCACUGAACAGUUUGAUAUAAAUUGAGAGUCUUCCCCCGCUCCCAUCUCAGCUGCAUUAAUAGUACUGAAUUAACACUUUCAUAUUAUCGGUGACACUUUUAUCUAACGUGGAUGUCAUUGCUAGACUACCAAUUCUGGGAGCAGUCUUUUGGCACCAUUAAAAGACCCAGUUUAUUUCAGACCAUUCUUAAAUGCUUUGAUAUUAGAGCUGUACACAGUGCCAGGGACUUUGGGCAACAUACCUAUUACAGUGAACUGUAGUAUUUAGGUUUUUUAAACUAUUUCUUUAAGCUAUUCCUGUCUCGUGCAGUGAUGUUAUUGUGUAGUGUCAAUAAUAUACAUGAUACUUUGGUUCAAUAGCUACCGAGAGAUAAUGUCAUCUUAUACUAGCCCACAGUAGACUAGGGAGAUUCUGAAUAAGAAGUAUUGAUGUCUCCAGAAGCUCUGUUUUGUCAGCAAAUCUCUCCGGACAUUGUAACAAUUGCUCCAUUCCUCAAAAUGUCAUUUUGAAAUACCCUGGGAGAUUGAGACAAGAACCUACGAAAGUCCUUUCCCCCCCUCACAGUGUGCAUUGUAAAGCAUAGACUAUAUUGUGUUCUCUAAAACAAUGCGUGUUAUAUGUUAACAUUACAGUAGUACAUGAUUUGCCCAGCAUGACGAAUGGUUGCACAUCGCAUAAGCUCUGGGAGCAGGGGCGUACCUAGAGCAUUUGGCACCCGGGGCGGAUCCUGUGCUUGGCACCCCAACCUCCCCCCCCACCCAAAAAAAAAAAAACCUGUAAAAAAUGUUAAAGGUUUUCUUUCUUUUUUUUUUACAAUUUGUAAACUUUGCAAAACCGCUGUCAGCCCCUCCUACAAAACCCUUGUCCUGCCCGGCCCCUCCUACAAAACCUCUGUCCUGCCCCUUCUACAAAUCCUGUACUGCCCCGUCUACAAAACCCCCGCAACCCCCUUCCACAAAUCCCCUGCUUAUCCCCCCUUAUAAAGACUCCUGUCCCAAUACAGAACCCCCGCCCCCUUCUACAAAAUCCCUGCAGCCCCACACACACAUUUACAGGCAGACAGUCACACACUCAGUUACAGACAGACAGUCACACACUCAGUUACAGGCAGACAGUCACACACAGUCACAGGCAGACAGUCACACAUACACAUUUCCUCCGUGCGGCCAGUUUAUCAGCUGUUUGCUUGUGUGAGCUGUACUGGCCGCACGGCAUCCUAACUACCAUGGGAUACUGUGUGGCCACAGCGAACACAGCUCCCUCCAGCCAGGGCCUGUGCAAGGAUUUUUGCCACCCUAGGCAAAAGUAAAGUUUGCCGCCCCCCCCAUGUGACAUCACAAUGCCCCACCCAUAUGAUAUGCCAUGUUAAGUAACGCCAGUGCUGCAGUGCCGCCGUGUUUACAUUAAAAGGCCUGCAGGGACAGGCUAUAGACACCAGAACCACUACAUUAAGCUGAAGUGGUUCUGGGGACUAUAGUGUUUCUUUAAUGUGAGGUAAAUUAGAGCUUAGUGCCACAAAUAAUAUACUAGAUUGCCUACUUACAACCAGAUGAGGAUGAUGAUGGGCUCUAGCUGCAGUCUGGCUCCACUGGUCUGGUGCAGAACAGGCUCUCUGGAGGCGGUUUGUAACUGUGGUCACAAAAAUCAAUGUUCUGGGAGAACGGGAAGCAGCUCCAUUUUUGGGGGUCCUUUACACAGCUCAAGGUCUGGGUCCCAGGGUCCACUUUCAUGUUCCACCAAUGAGUUUGUUCACAGGGGGUGGAGUGUGUAAGGGAUGUCCUGAUAUGUGUGUAAGGAAUGCAUUGUGUGAAAUUGUGUUUGUAUGUGGAAGGGCUGCAAGGUGUGUUUCUGUGUAUGUAUGGGAUGCAUUGAAUGUUUGUAAGGGGUGCAUUGAGUGUGUGUAAUGAAUGCAUUGUGUGUUUCUGUGUGUGUAAGGGAUGCAUUGUGUGUAACGGUUGCAUUGCUUGUGUAUGUGUGUCUGUGUGUGUAAUGCAUUGUGUGUUUUUCAGUGUGCAAGGGGUGCAUUGUGUGUAUGUGAUGAAUGUCAAUCUCUCCUCCCGCUCCAAUUUCCUUCUCCUCCUCCCAAUUUCUUUUCUCACCCCCCUCCUAAUUUCUCUCCCCCCUAAUUUCUCUUUCCCCCUCCUAAUAUCUCUUCCCCCUCCUAAUUUCAAUUUCUCUCCCCCCCUCCUAAUUUCAAUUUCUCUCUCCCCCCCAAUUUCUCCUCCUCUCCUAAUAUCUCUCCCUCCCACCUCUCUCUCACCCCCUCUUCUUUUCUCUCUUCCCCCCUCCUUUCUUCUUUCUUCACUCCUCUCCCCUCCUCUCUUUCCUCCUUCUCCCCUUCCUUUUCUUUCCCCCUCUCCUCUUCCUCCUUUUCUUCCCUCCUUCUCCUCCCCUUUCUUUCCCCUCCUUUCUUUCUUUCACACCUCUUUCUUUUCCUCACCCUCCUCCUUUCUCUCCCCAUUUCACAGGGAAGGGGGGAGAAAGAUGGGGAGAGACACAGGGAAAGGGGGGAGGGAGAGAGAUGGGGAGAGACACAGGAAAAGGGGGGAGGGGGAGAGAUGGGGAGGAGGGGAGAGAAACAGGGAGAGAGAUGGGGAGAGAAAUGGGGAGGAGGGAGAGACACAGGGAAAGGGGGUGAAAGAGGCAGAGGGGGAAGAGAAAGACAAAGAGGGAGAAAUGAGAGAGAGACACACAAGGGGAUGGGAAGAAAGAGGCAGAGGGGGAAGAGAGAGACUGGGAAGGAGAGGGGAGGCAUUGACACAGAGGAGCAGUGAGGGGGAGAAAGAAACAUACAGAGUGACUGGGGGAGACAAAAAGGCACACAGAGGAGCUGGAGAUAAAGCGAGACACAUAGGGGCAGUAUAUAUCACUUGUGGAUGGGGGGGCAAUGGGUCCCCCCCCCCCCCAAGGCUUUCCCCUGCCGGCCUAUCUCCCUCUCCGUUCCACAGGCACCGUGCAGCCAGUUGGCAGGGGAGGAAGAGAGGACCUGGGGCAACGCUCCGGCUCUCAUGAGGGUGAACUCUAACCCUGGAGCUACGGGCUAGAGUUCACUCUCACCACUUCCUGGUGGUCCCAGUAGUAGGAGUGAACUCUAGCCCCAUACACACACUGCCCCACACACACACACACACACACACACACCAUACACAUUUACACACUGCCCACCCACACACUGAACCUUUCACACACAUUGCACCACUGCUCCUAUACCCUACUACAGCCCCAUAUCCCCGCAGACUCCAGGUAAGGUUUGUACUGGCCCCGAAUAUAUUUGUAUAAAGUUAUCAUAUCCCCUCUUAGGCGCCGUUUUUCCAAACUAAACAGAUUUAAUUUUUUUUAACCUUUCUUCAUAACUAAAAUGCUCCAUUCCUUUUAUCAAUUUUGUAACUCGUUUCUGGACUUUUUCUAGUGUCAUGAUAUCUUUCUUUAGAACAGGCGCCCAAAAUUGCACAGCAUAUUCAAGGUGUGGUCUUACCAGCGAUUUAUAAAGAGGCAAAAUUAUAUUUUCAUCCCGAGAAUUUAUGCCCCUAUUUAUACAUGACAAAACCUUACUGGCCUUAGCAACUGCAACAUUGCAUAUUGCUGCCUAAUUUGUUGUCUAUAACAAUUCCCAAAUCCUUCUCGUGUGUGGUUAUCCCUAAUUCACUACCAUUUAGUGUGUAAGUUGCUUGUGCAUUCUUAACCCCAAAGUGCAUAACUUUGCAUUUCUCUACGUUAAAUUUCAUCUGCCAUUUUAGUGCCCAGUCCCCCAAUCUAUCCAAAUCCCUCUGCAGCAAAGCAAUAUCCUGCUCACAUUUUAUUACUUUACAAAGUUUUGUGUCAUCUGCAAACACUGAUACAUGGCUUUCAAUGCCUAUUUCAAGAUCAUUUAUAAAUAUGUUAAAUAGAAGCGGUCCCAAAACAGAACCCUGAGGGACACCACUUACCACUUUUGUCCAGCCUGAAGAUUUCCCGUGAAUGACAACUCGUUGUACUCUAUCCUUAAGCCAAUGUUCUACCCAAGAACAAGAAUAAUCAUCUAGACCAAUUUUUUUUUAGUUUGAAGACUAACCUAUUGUGAGGAACUGUAUCAAAUGCCUUGGCAAAAUCCAAGUAGAUCACAUCCACUGCAACACCCUGAUCUAUACUUCUACUUACUUCUUCGUAGAAUGCAAUCGUGUUGUGUUCUCAGGAGGAUAUCAUGUAGGCCACAGACACACAAGGCACAACAUCCAAGACACACUGUUGGUCCUUCCCUUUUAGAUAUAUAACACAUUAACAGUCAAAUAGAUCAUUUGUGUCUUAUAUUUUCAGUAUUUUUUUCAUAUUUUUGAAUGUGCUCUGGAAACUAUCACGUGUAUAUGGUUAAUCACACAGAUCACGCACCCCUAGGGGAGGCUCUGUAUGGACCAAAAUAGUGUCAGCAAAGACGUAUGUAUUCUUCUCAUUAAAUCACCAUAUUCACUCGCUGUCUGUAAAAUUCUUAGCUCUGCUGAGUCUGUUUGUUGUCUAGUGACAGCAAGAGAUCAAUAGAAAAAAGCACCGUCAACACUUUUAGCAAAUUAAACUGAUUAAAUACUAUCUUAUUGUCAUCCAACCCCUGGUAGACUGAUCCAAAAUAAACAUGGGUAAAAGAGUGCUGGGGAGAAAUACGCAACGUACAAUUAACCAUUUGGACUAAUUGAACUUGGUUUUUUUUUUUAAAUCAGCUAAUUAAUUUAAAAUCAUGCAAACCAACACUUUAAACUCAACAUUGUCUUGAACUGUAAUUAAAAAUUUAAAUAUAUAUAUUAGAAAUAAAUAAUGAAGAAAUAGAACAUAUAUGUAUUUCAAUUCCUUGCCAUAAUCCAAACCAUCCAUGGAGCAGGCACUCAGUAUUCUGUUGUGGACCACAUGGCCAGGACUGGCAUUAAAGCAUGAUGGGAAAUGGCCGGUGUCCUACGUUUCAGGGUGCUAGGAAUGCAUGUGUCUAAUGUUCCAUCAUACGUCUCACAUUCCUUCACUUUAAUGGCAAUGCAAUAUCUGGACAAGAAGAAACCGAGUUAGAUGGACUGUAAGGUUUAGGGAAGGUGGCAAACAAUCGGGUUGGGGAUUAAUGUCAUAAAGCACAGUUUAUAAAAGUUAGGGUUACAUUUAGGGUGUGAAUUAUAUUUAAAUUGAGGAUACAUUUACAUUUAGGGAUCAUUAUUGAAUGAGAAUAGUGAUUAAAUCACGAGUAAUCAAUAAUUUGACUUGCAAUCCCCACACUAAGUAUUUUAUAUUUAUUGAUGAUUUUACUGCACGUUAACCGUCAAUCUAACUCGGCUUAGUCACCUUCUUAUGAACAGGGCAAGAGGCAGUCUGGGUACAUUUGGGAGGCUCAUGGGAAUUGAGAAAGUCUGCCGGGAUGCAACAUUGUGUAGGAUGCAGCGUAAUAACAUCUCCAUGUCUUCCGGUCUGAUACAGAGUAUAUAAUUUAGUCUUUCAGAAUUCUUUCAAAUCCUUGAAUAAUCUCCGGUCUAUGGAGAAAAGAGAUAGUGUCCACAUUGAGAAAACUGAGGCCACUUAGUUUUUGUCCAAAAUACAAUGUUUCUGGUUGUUGUAAAUCAGUAGCUUGCUAGUUAAGGUUCCAUGUCAGUGUGGUGACAGUGUAGUUCUGAUUUAUUUUCGGCUGUGCAUGUUGUGAUUGAAACUCAUAAAUCCGCUGCUGUUAUAAUAGAGGCAGUUUUAUCACGAGUGCCGGUAUCGGCAGAUCCAUUAAUGUCACUGACUGAUAAAAUAAAUAGAUAUUAUACAAAACAAGUAUUCAGUGGCGUAAAUUAAUAGAUGGGUCAGGUGACUGGGUGAAGUCUCUGAAACCAUUUGAAUAACUUAGAACUCAUGGGGUUUAUUUACUAAACAGACGUCGGUCAGGUUUUUUUUAUAUUUUUUUCACCCCACUAUUUAGACUUACAUAUUGCAAGAAGGUUGUCAAUGUAUAAAAUGUGUGGGGCUAUCUCGCAGAGCUGUACAACCAGCCAAUCACAAUGCAGCAGUAAGGGAACCAUUCCAUUACAGGGACACUGUAAGCACCAUGACCACUAUAGUGUGAUGUACUUGUUAUGAUUCUGAAAGAGUCCCUUUAAGUUCAAUGCAUUCUUCCUUGCAAAACUGUUAAUAUUGCUCAUGCAAUUACAUUAUUCUACUUCUCUCCCUCUAACACCAGAUCUAAGUCUCUUCUUUCUGAUGUUUAGAUGUACUUAUUUUCCACUGAUGUUGAGUUCUAUCUCUCCUCCUCAGACAUCCAGAUCUCUUCUUUCUGAUGUCCAGGUCUACCACACUUCAUAUAAUGUACAGAUCCAUCUCUCUUCCUCUAACACUAACUCCAAGGUCUACCUCUCAUCCUCUAACACUAACUCUAAGAUCUACCUCUCUUCCUCUAACACUAAUUCUAAGAUCUACCUCUCUUCCUCUAACACUAACUCUAAGAUCUACCUCUCUUCCUCUAACACUAACUCCAAGGUCUACCUCUCUUCCUCUAACACUAACUCCAAGGUCUACCUCUCUUCCUCUAACACUAACUCUAAGAUCUACCUCUCUUCCUCUAACACUAACUCCAAGGUCUACCUCUCAUCCUCUAACACUAACUCUAAGAUCUACCUCUCUUCCUCUAACACUAACUCUAAGAUCUACCUCUCUUCCUCUAACACUAACUCUAAGAUCUACCUCUCUUCCUCUAACACUAACUCCAAGGUCUACCUCUCUUCCUCUAACACUAACUCCAAGGUCUACCUCUCUCCCUCUAACACCAGAUCUAAGUCUCUUCUUUCUGAUGUUUAGAUGUACUUAUUUUCCACUGAUGUUGAGUUCUAUCUCUCCUCCUCAGACAUCCAGAUCUCUUCUUUCUGAUGUCCAGGUCUACCACACUUCAUAUAAUGUACAGAUCCAUCUCUCUUCCUCUAACACUAACUCUAAGGUCUACCUCUCUUCCUCUAACACCCAGAUCUACCUCUCUUCCUCUAACACUAACUCCAAGGUCUACCUCUCAUCCUCUAACACUAACUCUAAGAUCUACCUCUCUUCCUCUAACACUAACUCCAAGGUCUACCUCUCAUCCUCUAACACUAACUCUAAGAUCUACCUCUCUUCCUCUAACACUAACUCUAAGAUCUACCUCUCUUCCUCUAACACUAACUCUAAGAUCUACCUCUCUUCCUCUAACACUAACUCCAAGGUCUACCUCUCUUCCUCUAACACUAACUCCAAGGUCUACCUCUCUUCCUCUAACACUAACUCUAAGAUCUACCUCUCUUCCUCUAACACUAACUCCAAGGUCUACCUCUCUUCCUCUAACACUAACUCCAAGGUCUACCUCUCUUCCUCUAACACUAACUCUAAGGUCUACCUCUCUUCCUCUAACACUAACUCCAAGGUCUACCUCUCUUCCUCUAACACUAACUCUAAGGUCUACCUCUCUUCCUCUAACACUAACUCCAAGGUCUACCUCUCUUUCUCUAACACUAACUCUAAGAUCUACCUCUCUUCCUCUCACCCUACCUCUAAGAUCUACCUCUCUUGACCUGACCUCACUUUAUUUUCUUCUGGAUCAUGUAACUAGCUGCCUUUCCUUGAUCCUUCAUCUUCUUGUUUUUUUCUCCUUUAAGUACCUCUCCUCAUUUUUCUAUGUCCCUUCAACUUACUGGAAGUCCUUUUAGCUCUCCUCCACAGGUUCACUUGCAUCGCACCUUUUUUGACUCUGACCCUUUCAUUUACUUUGCUAUUACCUUUUGUGGGGUUUUACCCAAUUCCAAGAUUGUAUGUGCAUUUUCUCCUGUCUAUAUUAGGACAGGAGCCUGAAAUUGGGACAAUCCCACAAGGUCCAGGACUGUUGUGUGUUGUGCAUGCGCUUGUGUGUGUUUUUUUGUUGUUGUAAGUGUGUGUAGUUAAUUGGGUGUGUGUGAAAGAUAGUAGCUUAUGGUGUGUUGGCUAGUUAACUGUUUGUGGAUUAAUGUAUCACUUAUUAACCUUUUGAAAACCAGAGGUGCACCCAUCACAUUGACUAAUGUUUUUUUUUUUUCCACGGCUUCUAGAUAUCUUAGGGGAAUUUGUCAAGCCUUGAUAUAAUAUGCAGUUUAUGUAAUAAGCACUCUAUUCUGGGAACUCAAGAUGAAUGUAUUCGACCUGUGAACUGGGUCUCAAAGGGUCUGCUUUAGUUUGCAUAAAUCUGGACCGUGAAUCAGGAAUUAAGUCGCACAUAUAUUUCUUAGGAGAUUUUUUGGAUUUUCACAGUUUUGCUGUUUCAGCUGCCCGAUAAUACGAUUUUAUUCUGCAGUUCUGAGCAGGAAUUGACAUUUUUACUUGCAAGCAAUAAAUGUUUAUUAUUAAUGGAAGCGAGGGAAAAAAGGUUAAAAGUACACUUAUAUGCUUUAUUUUUAUUUAUUUAUUUACAGAACGUGAAAAUAUACAGCUAAGGCAUGUUCUGAAAUUAAGUUUAUCGAGUUAUUCCUCUGAAAUAAUUCUAGCGAUUCUAAAAGAUUUUUAUAAACCAGGCAUUUGUUACAGUCAUAAUCUGAAAAAAAUAUAUAUUAUAUGCAAUGCAUGAAGGAGCUGCUUAAAUUACUACUGAAUUAUUGUCUUUGUAUUACACCCUACCUGCAGCUUCUUAAAUAGCAAUUAGUAUUAAACAUUAUCUUUUAGUAAAGUAGCUACCGGAAGGGGACCGGUCACUUAUCUGGAAAUUACCUGAUUGAAUAAAACAUAAAAAGAAAUCAUCUUUAACUAGUGUUAACCUUUUUCAUGUGAUGCUACAUUUAAAAAAACAAAACAUUAUAAUAAUAAUAAAUAUAUAUAUAUAUACCGGUAUUAAUUGUUGAGCACAGUAGUCCACUUUCCUCGCCUAAUAUGUUUCGUAUUGCAUUCUUAGACUUUUUCCAGAGGCAUUAUCAAAAAAAUAAAUCCCCAUAUAAAGCGCUGAGAUUGUAGGGCGUUAGACAGGCGGAACAUUCUCUGUGUGCUUCAUUACAGGUAAAGGUUUAUAACCAUUUAGAAUGGAAUUUAUCCUGGGAGACAAUGGACAGUAAAAUACUACAUUUGGAAAUUCGUUUAAUUCCAAACUGCAAUUCGCCCAAAUUUGGGCCAAUUAGGUGAUUGUCCAAAUUCCCAAACUCUAUGGCCCAAUCUCGAACCAAAUAAAAUGUGCAAUGGACGAAAUUGUUCUUUUCGAUUCGUAUUUCAGAAUUCCGCUGAAAGAGAUGAUUUUAUUGAUAUCACUAGUGAAAAGUGGGAGCAGUUAAAAAAACCUCAAUAUACAUUUACUUAAAUAUUAGAUAUGGUUUAGCCCCCAAAAAACAACCAUUUUUUUGCUCCGUUGGUAUCUGAGACUAAACAUCCAUUGGCUGGUAGGUUUUAGUGUGGGUGCUAAUACAAUAUACCAAAAUCUGCCAAUUUUAAAUGCACUCAUGUCACUUUUCCCUAUUAAUGGAUAUUGUAUUUGAAUUAUCUUAUUAAAUUAUUAAAUUAUCUGGAUGUGUACUGAUUCAGUUAUAAUUGCACUAUGUUAUACAUUUUAAUAACAAAACAGAUGAUUUUUUGAAAUGUUAUCUUUAUUGCUUCCCUGCUGUAAAAUAAUGAAUAUAUAGAAUGCUAGAUAUAGUUUCUAUCUAGCAUCAUGUCACCCACCUCCCACGUAUUCUAAUUACUUGAAUACAGUUUACAAAUCACAAGACUGCAGAGAGGGGUCACCCCCUUUGCAGUAUUUGUCAAGUAUUGUUCUGAUGUUAUUAAUUGGUGCAGAUAAAAUCUCACUUGCAUCAGGGCAGCUGCAUCAAAGCUAAACUAAUGUCCACAAGGAGCAUAAAAAAAAGAAUUAUAUCAUACAAGAUCACCCAUGCAAAAAUAAUAGGGGUUUAGUUACAGAAUAUGAUCAUAUGUUGCAUAGGCCUGCCACAAAGCCAAUUCAACCCAUUUCUGGCAGGACCUAUCUGUCACAUAUUCAUCCACAUAUAAAAAUGUGAUUAAUUAAAUUUAAUGUCCUGACAGGAAAAGUUGUGCCGAGCAGCUACCAAAUCCACAGGAGGGUUUGUGCUGAGCAGCAAUUAUGCAAAUGUGAACCUGAUAACUGCCUUUGGGGUCAGAGGCCGGUUACAGCCUAUCAGACCUAGAGGAGGGGUAUUUAGGCCCAGUUCUCAUCCUGCUCAGUGCCCUGUCGUGGUUUCCCUUGUGGUUGUCCGAGAGCGUGUUCCUGAUUCAAGUUUCUUCUGGUUUUUGUUUUUGACUUCCCUGUUUUCUGGCAUCCCUGACCCCUGGCAUUUCCUUAUCGUUGUGUCUCUUUCUGUAUCCCCUGACCUCGGCAAGUAUCCUGACUAUUAUUUGGUACGUUAAGUCCGGCCAUUCUAAGGUCCGGUAAUACGUUACCUGUUAGUCAUCUGUGUGACACAAUUCUAUGUGCUGGAUCAACUAGUUAUUCUGACACUAUCCUACUUCUUUAUAUCGGAAAGAGUCCAUGAGGUGGCCCUGCUUCCAGAUUUGGGUACGCAUAGUCCCAAACUGCCACCACAUGUAACAUACAAAAUCUGACUGGAAAAAUUGUUAAUAUAAUGAGAACGGUUUGCGAGACAUUAAUGUAAGGAGAGUGGACUGAAUGCGCAUGCGUGAACAAUGAAAACUUUAUUGUACUCGUCAGUGGGGGCGUUAGACACCGAUGAGUCAACAUCUGCACUGUGCGCUGUUGCAUUAAAAAUGACUGAGCGAGUAGAGCAAAAAAUCUUCAUGGCAUUUUGCGUUAAGGUUGAACAAUUCCGGUGAUUCAGAAGGCUUUUGGGGACGAUACAAUGAGUGCAGCACAUAUAAGUGUGGCACAAACUCUUCAAACUUGGUUGAGAAUCUGUUACAAUAUUUAGUGCCCUACACAUUCUGACUUUCCCCCCCAAAAAAAUGGAAAAGGGAAGAGAUUUCAGACCGUUGAUGAGAUUGUUAAAUACGACAAGGCAGCUGAUGGUGAUUCCAACAAGGAUUUUGCAGAGUGUUUUGAACAGCUGAAUAGACACAGGGAGGAAUGUGUGAGGGGCCCACUUUGAAGGAGACUGAGGUGUCAUUGUCCUAUGCCCAAUGUUUCUUGUCUCUACUUCAAUAAAUGUCUCUAUUUUUCAAAUUACAUGACUGGAUACUUUCCAUACUGACCUCGUAAUUCAUGCAUGUGGCUGUGUAGCCCAAACUUGUUGUAGUGUGGCACUUUCAUGGCGAACUCAUUGUGAUAUAACAUGAAACCAUACAUUCAUUUUAGCAGAUCUCAGUUAGAAAAUUUCUAUCAAUUAAGAAAAAAAUACAUCUUUUUAAAAUGUCUCUUAUUUUCUUUUAGGUGGUAAUUGAGUAAAUGCCAUGGAGAGCAAAGUGAUUGACUAUCGUAUCAGUGGUAAGUAUACAUUUAAAGAUAAAUACAGAAAAUAAGGAAAUAGCUCCCAAAAUGUUAAUUCUAUAUUACUUUAAAUAUAUAAUUGCUUUCCAAUAUUGUCUUUUCAUUAGGGCAUCUAAGCAUUCUAGGAUAUAGCUUACAUAGUAACUAUACUGUUACACUGUAUCAUACCUCCAAACUGCCCAGAAUUCAUUGGGACAAUCCCAAUGACAGAAUCUGUCCCAUUUUCUUAUACCUUCCGGUGUUGGGAAGCAUGCAGUUCUAACUUAUUGCUCGGUUACUCAAUGUGUUAACGUGAUGGUACUAGACUUGACUAAACAAACUUGUGAAAUGGAAAUAUCGUUAAACAUUUCAAAAAAUAUAUAUUUAUAUUUAAAUAACCACUUUGUCAAGACUAGCAGUCUCCCUAUUUUAAAAAUAAAUAAAAAUACAAUUGUAUAAUUAAUAAAUGCUUCCAGAACAAAAGACCUUCUUUAAAAUUUAAUCUUAUUAUCACCCACUGUAGAGGGUUACGUAAUGUGUAUUAUUAUAUAAAAUAAUAAGAUCUGUUUAACAUAUUCAUGGUGUAUGUGAUUGUGCUGGUCCAUAGCAUCUCACACAGCUAUGUUAAAUUCGACAUAAUCAAUACAGGAGCCAGGGUAGAAAGAUCCAUAUUAGCUGAUUAGAAAUAGAAUUAUUGUGAAAAGUAAAAGAAAUGGUAUGAGAUAUAGGAAGCUUGGUUUAAUUGGGCACAAUUACAUUGGACUCCCACUGUGUACAGCAACGAACUGAGUUUAUAGUUCAGGAAUGUAAUAAUGUAUUAAAUAUUAAUGGGGACAAAUAGAAUUCUUUAAAUUGGAAUAAAGGAACACAAAGGGAUCAUAGAAGGUUAAUUUUAGUGAAUUUGUUAUAGUGCCCAGUGUUGCUUUAAUGGCUGGAUAGUUUUUUACAUUCUUUAUUUGAGUAUAGCAAGUAGUAUAUAAUACACAGGGAGGUAGAAAGUAGUAUAUAAUACACAGGCAGGUAGAAAGUAGUAUAUAAUACACAGGGAGGUACACACAUUAACCCGUCUGCAGGACAAACAAGCAGAAUUUCAGAACUCAAAAAUAGAACCAAUGGGUUAUACGACCAUAUCAGAAGAGACAGAAGAAGAAAAAAGCUAAGGAAGAAGAAAGAAGAGUAAGGGAAUAAAGAGAGGGGGGGAAAAAGCAGAAGCAUGGAGAAGGGAUAUCCUCCGCAGGGUUGGGAGAUCAAAUAUUUAUAUCAUAAGCAAAAACAAUAUCAGAUUGUGUAUUCCUCAUAGGGUUGCCAGCAGGGCCGGCCCACGACAUUGUGCUGCCUGGGUUCCACGAUGAAAUGCUGCCCCCCAUAUAUGUGUCUGCAAUGCUAGUGUGCAUACGUGUGUGUGUGUGUGUGCUGGGGAUGAAGUGUGUGUCUCUGUGUGUGUCUUGGGUUGAAGUGUGUCUGUGUGCUGGGGAUGAAGUAUGUGUCUGUGUGUGUGUACGCUGGGGAUGUAGUGUGUGUCUGUGCACUGCAGUGAAUACACUUGCCUAUACACAGUGUCUGUGUAUCUCCAUGUGUGUCAGUAUGUGUAUCGGUGUGUCUGCAUCUACAUGUGUUUCAGUGUUUGUAUCUGUGUGUCUGUAUCUGCAUGUGUGGCAAAUGUUUGUAUCUGUGUAUCUGUACAUCUGUAUGUGUCAGUGUCUGUAUCUGUAUAUCUACAUGUGUAUCGGUGUGUCUGUGCAGCUAUAUGUGUGUCAGUACGUGUAUCAAAUACUGACACAUACAGACACACACACACAGAUGUACAGACACCCUGAUAUGCAUACAGAUACACAUACACACAGAUAAACACACACACACAAAUACACACUACACACUAUACACACAUGCAGAUACACAGACACUACACAGAUACCCACACUACCACAGACACUACACACACACACACUACACACAAAGAUACACACUACACACACAGAUAAUCACACACACAGAUGCAUAGGCACUACAAAGACACUACACAAAUGUUCUCACAGAUACACACACACUACACAGACACCACACACACACAUUACACACAGAGAUACACACACACAAACACACACAGAUACACAGACACUACACACACACACACACACACACUCACUACACACAGAGAUACACACUACACACAGAUAAUCACACACACAGAUAAUCACACACACAGAUUCAUAGACACUACAAAGAUACUACACAAAUGCACUCACAGAUACACACACACACAUUACACACAGAGAUACGCAUCAACACACAGAUAAACACACACUACACACAGAGAUACAAACUACACACACAGAUACACACACACAUAUACACAUACUACACACACACACACACUGAUAAACACAUACAAAUACACAAACAUUAAGAAAUUAAGCCACACUUCGGUUUCCUACAUAAUGCUGGCUGUGACUGGUGGGAGUCGGGGCCUGCUCUCACGAUCCGGCCCCAUCCUCGUGGCUUCCUCCUACGGCGCGGCUGUGUCAGUGAGCUGGGAGGAAGUGAGAGGUUGUUUCUUCCUCCAAGCUCUUCCUGCGGAUGGAAGGUGCCCGGUCACGCUGUUAAAGCGCCACAGUGCACGACCGGGUCCCUCAUUGCACAUGUCCACCGGGUGGCCAUAAGAGCAUGGGACUCCUGAUAAACCCUCACACAGGUUCCCAACAAGGGCGGUGCAGCUGCAUUGCUGCCAUGGGUUGGGAACUCCUGUGUUAGAAGCCGCCCCAGUCAGAGUGCCACCUCGAGCCGUGGCUCCACAGUGGUCUAUGGACGGGCCGGCCCUGGUUGCCAGACCUUAUAGAAAGAAGACAUAGUAUUGUUUAGCUCAUUAAAGCCAUUAAAUUAGCCAUUAGAUGAUUAUUCUUUAACUUGGUGAAGACUGCGUCUAGCGUUGGGACAGAAUCUUAUAACCAGCACUGCACCCACCAGUGUUUUGCAGCAGUGAAAGUGACUUUAUUACAUUUUAGUUUCAACUCAGCAGAAGAAAAUUCCUUCAUCAGUUUUAAUAACAGGAAGAACCAUGGGUCAGAUGGUAGGAAUUUACGUGUUUUCAUCAUGAUUUCCUACUAAAAAAACUAUGCGCUGAACACAGUACAGAUGUUCAUCCUUUGCUCAGGACACAAGGUUAUGAGUUAUGUUUUAGAAUAUAUCUAUCACUCAGACACUCCCAGCUGCUCACUCAUCAUUAAGACUUUCAAUGAUGAGUGGCAUGUGCAACACUUUCAUAGCUUUCCAUGAGAGAGCUUGUAGAGCCACCAAGAGCAUGAACUGAAUAGAAAAUACAGCCUCCUCACACACAGUCUAUCCCCCAAUUCACCCUUCCAAUCAUUGUUACCAACACACACAGUCGCCCUGCCAUAUUCACCCCCACACUCACCCCACACACAGUCACUAUGUCAUACUCACACUGUCACAGUCACAAUGCCAUAGUCACUCUGUCAUACUCACCCUGCACACAGUUACCCUGUCAUACUCACACUGUCACAGUCACAAAGCUGUAGUCACUCAGUCACAGUCACCCUGCACACAGUUACCCUGUCAUACUCACACUGUCACAGUCACAAAGCUGUAGUCACUCAGUCACAGUCACCCUGCACACAGUUACCCUGUCAUACUCACACUGUCACAGUCACAAUGCCAUAGUCACUCUCUCAUACUCACCCUGCACACAGUUACCCUGUCAUACUCACACUGUCACAGUCACAAAGCUGUAGUCACUCAGUCACAGUCACCCUGCACACAGUUACCCUGUCAUACUCACACUGUCAGAGUCACAAUGCCAUAGUCACUCUGUCACACUCACCCUGCACACAGUUACACUGUCAUACUCACACUGUCACAGUCACAAAGCUGUAGUCACUCAGUCACAGUCACCCUGUCAUGAUCACUCUGUCACAGUCACCCUCAGACAUAGGCACCCCACACAGAUAGUAACCCUCAUAGUCAAUAUAGCCAUAAAGACAGCAGACACAUCAAAAACACAAGCAGCACACAUAACACAUUGCAAGCAGCUCAAACACACUCUUACGCUCCCAACAACAGAGAUACACAGAGAUAGACAGAUAUGUCUCAGAUACACAUACAUAACUCCAGACGUGCACACACAGGUAACAAUAUUGUGAUUGUGUCUGUAUCUGUCAAUGUGUGUGUGUCUGUGCAUCAGAGUGUUUAUGUUUGAAUGUGUGUGCAUGUAUCAGAGUGUAUAUAUAAGUGCGUGCAUCAGAGUGAGUGUAUGUAUAUAUAUAUAUAUAUAUAUAUGUUAAGGUAAAUAUAUAUCACAACUGAAACGGAGUGCAUCUGGGAUAAUGUAUACAAGAGAGGAUUAUAGACUGUAUGGGAAAAAAAAUCAGUGUGAUGUAGGACAUUGAGGGGACAGUCUGGUGGAGGAGAGUAGGAGGACAACCUGAAGGAAGACAAUGAGGACAGUCUGGUGGAGGACAGUCAGCAGAGCGUGUGAUCAUGGAGAAAUGCAAGGGUCUGAAAGAGUAACGCUAGGCAUGAUUGCAAUGGGACAAGGAUGGUCAAGAGACUGAAGUGGAGAAAAAAAAGAAAAUUGUAAUUCUGAACAACACUGGGCAGGGACCUAAUGAAGUCAGGGUGUUAAAGAUUUUGUCUGAGCUAGAAUUUAUGAUGGAUCAUAAAUGGAGCAGAGAUCAGACACCUCAUGCAUGAUCUUUAUCAGAUCACAGCAUUAAAGUUCACCAACAGACCAGCAUAAACGCCAUCUUCCCGACAAGGGACUAAGUGACAAGGGAAAUUAUGGAGUGAGUCUAGAAGACAAUCUAUAAGAUAUAGACUGAAAUAGCGUCAGUUGAGUGAGACUAGGAAAUGUUGGGGGGAUGUCUCACCUUAUCUCAACAUCUCACCUUAUCAGAUCUCUCUCCCCUUGUCUUGCACCUUCCUUAACGCACAUCUUCAACUGCUCUCUCUCUUCUGACAUUGUCCCUGCUGACCUUAAACAUGCCACUGUAGUACCUAUCCUGAAAAUACCAUCUCUUGACCCGUCCUUCCCUUCUAACUAUCGUCCUAUAUCCCUGCUCCUUUUUUUCCUCAAAGCUUCUGGAAAGACUUAUCUUUACCCGUAUGUCUCACUUCCUCAAUUCCAACUCUCUCCUUGACCCUCUUCAAUCUGGCUUCCGCCCGCUCCACUCUACUGAGACUGCUCUUAUCAAAGUUAGUAACAACCUAAUCACAGCUAAAUCCAAAGGCCACUACUACAUACUAAUUCUUCCUGACCUCUCUGUUGUCUUUGACACCAUUGAUCAUGCUCUCCUUCUUUAAACUCUUCAAUCACUCGGUCUCUGUGACUCUGUCCUCUCGUGGUUUUCCUCUUAUCUUUCCCAACGCUCAUUCAGCGUCUCCUUUUCUAAUGAUACCUCCUCCCCUCGUCCUGUCUCAGUUGGAGUCCCCCAAGGCUCUGUCCUUGGUCCCCUUCUAUUUUCUCUUUAUACUGCCACUCUUGGCAAACUUAUUACCUCUUUUGGAUUCCACUACCACCUGUAAGCUGGUGACACCCAGAUAUAUCUCUAGUCGCUCCUCUCACACCUCACCCUUCUGUCAGUCCUUACAUUGUCUUCGUGUAUCCUAUAGGAGUCAAUUCAAAGUGCUAACCCAUACCUAUAAAGCACUGAACAAUUCUAGCCCCUCUUAUAUCUCUUCACAGAUCCAUAGGACUUUCUCCUAUCUGCUGUUCGCACCCAUACGGCCAACUCGUGCUUGCAGGACUUCUCGCGUGUGGCUCCCUUCCUAUGGAAUAGCCUGCCUACCUCCAUCAGACUCUCCCCUAGUCUUCAAUCAUUUAUGAAGUGUCUUAAAACUCAUCUUUUUAGGAAACUUAUGGCUUGCCAUAGUAACCUCUACCUUACAUACCUGUCUCUUGCUCUCUCCUAAAGGGCAGCACUUUACUCUCUCCUCCAGCUCUGCUUCACUCCCACCUUAUUUUAGUUGCUGCUUCUGUCCUAAUGUAUGUUAUACCCCACCUCCUAUAGACUGUAAGCUAAUUUGAGCAGGGUCCUCUUCAACCUAUCGUUCCUGUAAGUUUUCUUGUAAUUGUCCUAUUUAUAGUUAAAUCCCCCCUCUCAUAAUAUUGUAAAGCGCUACGGAAUCUGUUGGUGCUAUAUAAAUGGCAAUAAUAAUAAUAAACUAAAAAUGUUGGAGGGAACCUUGAUCUUUGAUAGACUUAGUCUGUGCAAGUGUUGAAUGGAAUAGGCAUAGGAAGAAAUUUUAUAGAGCAAGUCGGGAAGACUGUGUGAUGGAGUAAAGAUGAAAGAAGCUCUGAUAAUGGAGGCAGGAGGAGAGUUUAAUAAAAUGAAGAAGGGCAUUUCACAAACAAGACAUUGUAAAGACUGGAGUAACACGAUGUUAUUAGACAGGAAAGGAGUCAUACAAUAACAAUAUGGUUAGCAAUCUGUUUAGCAAUAUGGGAGAUAUGAAACAAUGAAGUAUUUAGACUUAUUCAUUUUGCAUAAUUUCUAAAUAUAGUAACUAUGUUGCUUGAAAAAGAUGCAACCAUUAUUUUGUUUUAUUUUUGUGUUUCAAAACUGUACUUUAAAGGGACUGUUUCGUGUCAGUAUGAAAGGAGUUAUAAAAUCACCUGAGCAUUUUAUUAUAACGCAAGUGUAUAUACACUGAUCAACCACAACAUUAAAACCACUGACAGGUGAAGUGAAUAACACUGAUUAUAUUGUUACAAUGUCACCUUUUAAUGGGGGGGAUAUAUAAGGCAGCAAGUUGGAAGCGUGGAAAAAUGGACAAGCAAAAAUAUCUGAGAGACUUUGAGAACGGUCAGAUAGUGAUGAUUAUAUGACUGGGUCAGGGCAUCUCCAAAACGGCAAGUCUUAUGGGGUGCUCCCUGUAUGCAGUGGUUAGUACCUACCAAAGGUGGUGCAAGGAAUGACAACUGGUGAACUGGCAUCAGGGUCAAGGAUGUCCAAGGCUCCUUGAUGUCCAAGGCUCCUUGAUGCGCUUGGCGAGCAAAGACUAGCCCAUCUGGUCCGAUGACACAGAAGAACUACUGUAGCUCAAACUGCGGAAACAUUUAAUUCUGGCCAUGAUAGAAAGGUGUCAGAACACACAAUACAUUGCAGCUUGCAGCGUAUGAGUCUGCGUAGUCACAGACUGGUUAUAGUACUCAUGAUGACUCCUGUCCACUGCCAAAACAGCCUUGCAACUGCUGCUAAGGUCUUGGUGCCAGAUACCACAGGACACGUUCAGAGGUCUUGUGGAGUCAAUGCCUCGAUGCAUAAGAACUGUUUUAGCAGCAGGAGGGGGACCUACAAAAUAUUAGGCAGGUGGUUUAAAUGUUAUCACUAAUCAGUGUUUACUGUACAAUCACACUGAUACUUAUAAUUGUACACUUCAGUGGUUUUCUUUGAAAUAUACAUUUCUUACCGCCAGAUUCUUCACUAUUUCAUUAUGUGUUCCCAGUCCAAGGACACCAAGUGUGAACCUUCUCAUUUUUUCAGAUCUGAAGAAUUCACAGCUUGGUAUAUAGAGCUCAGAUAUGUUUUGUGUUUUUUUUUUACUUGAGCGAGACAUUUGCUUGUCGUGUUGCUCAUAAAUUAUAUAGCUCAUUAUUGUUAUGCUCUCUAAAUCUAAUUCCCUUUAAUCAUUAAUAUUAACAGACCUUGAUCCAAUGCUAGAAAUAGAUUAGAUAGCAUCUGGAUGGUGGGAAUCUGCCUGGUUAUCAUAGAAACUGUAAUUCAUAGCAGCAGCAACAUCUCGAUUUCUGUUAUGAAAAUAUGUUUUAGAUUUUGGAGGCCAGAAUAAAGUUAUUUUACUAUAUUUUCUAUCCGUUCUAUGACUUUAUUAACUGCUUCACGACCGAUGACUUGACAGGAAUGUCAUGAUACAUGGAAUUUGCCAAACCCUUGUUUUAAAAUGGUAGAAUAAAACAAACAUUUUGCUUUAUUUUUUAAUACUUCCAUGGCUGGAUGUUGGGAUUAUAUUAUAUAACUGUAACAGAACCGCUGGCACCCCGACCGGGUACCUUCCGCUGACGGAUGCUCCUAGUGCUUUCCGAGGUCUCCAAGCACCUGACACCAUAGCCAAUGCAGACCCCACGAACCGCCGCAGCUUGGUUGGGGUCUCGCCAUCUCCACCCACUCUGGAUGCAAGACCAGGGUCCAGCUUCCAGUAGGUCGACCUCUCCGAAUUCCAGAGAGCAGGAACAGGAACAAGCUCUUAGCAGAGCUUACUGAUUAUACCCUGGGGAGAAUAGUGAUUAUAGCAAUCCUCAGAGUGUAGUUCUCCAAUGCCCCAAACAUGAGCCGAAACUUCAUAAAGAUACAAGAUGAUCUGACUCCAAUGAGCGUUUAUUACUCCUUAUAUACAAGUUUUCAGGUCAGAGGCACACCCCCUGGACCUGGUGGUAAACUGUGACAAAAGGGACACAAACCAAUGGGAACACUAAUUAACAUACGAAUGUACGUUUCCUUGUAGUGCUGGUGUUUGAGUGUGUGUAUAUAAUUUUGGAGUUUGAAUGCAGGGGUGUGUUUGGAUGUAAUAUUUGUGUUCAGGGCCGGCCUUAGGGGUGUGCGAGCUGUGCGACCGCACAGGGCGCCAUGGAACAGGGGGCGCCCUGUGGCCGACACAGCUCACUCAUGGCCGGAGUGCAGGGGAGCUAAAAGAGGUACCUGGCUGGAGGAUUAAUUAUUCUCCACCCGGGUCUAUUUAAAAAAAAAAAAAAAAAAUCGCGGCAGAGGGGGCGGGGUUUACCGAGCGGCGGAGGCGGGGCUUAUCGAGAGGCGGAGACGGGGCUAAUACCUCCCGAAGCCCCUGCUGUACAGGAAGAGGGAAAGAUGCUUCCCCAUCAGCCAACUGCAUCCACUGGAAAGAGGUAAGUGUGUGUGUGUGACUGUUUGCCUGUUUGUGUGACUGUCUGUCUGUGUGUGUGUGUGACUGUCUGUCUGUGUGACUGCCUGUCCUUGUGUGUGUGUGUGUGUGUGACUGUCUGUCUCUGUGUGUGUGUGUGACUGUCUCUGUGUGUGACUGUCUCUGUGUGUGACUGCCUGCCUGUGUGUGACUGUCUGUGUGUGUGACUGUCUGUCUGUGUGACUGCCCAUGUAUGUGACUGCCUGUGUGUGUGACUGUCUGUCUGUGUGACUGUCUGUCUGUGUGACUGCCCGUGUGUGUGACUGCCUGUGUGUGUGAGACUGUCUGUCUGUGUGACUGUCUGUGUGUGUGACUGUCUGUCUGUGUGUGUGACUGCCUGUGUGUGUGACUGCCUGCCUGCCUGUGUGUGUCUGUCUGUAACUAUCUGUCUGUGUGUGACUGCCUGCCUGUGUGUGUAUAACUGUCUAUGUGUGUGUUACUGUGUGUCUGUCUGUGUGUGUGACUGCCUAUGUGACUGUCUGUCUGUGUGUGUCGCUGUAGCUGUGCCAUUGUUUGUGCCUGUGCCUGUAUGUGUGACUGCCUUUAACUGAGUGUGUGUGUACAUGCCUGUAACCGAGUUUAAAUUUCCCCCACCCCUUCCUGUCAAGGCCGCACUUUGACUGACAGACGCUCACUCACUGACAGACGCACACUCACUGACGACACAUACACACUCACUGACUGACACAUACACUCUCACUGACUGACACAUAUACACUCACUGACCAACACACACAUUCACUCACAGACACACACACAUUCACUUACAGACACACACAAUUACACACUUACAGACACACACACACACACACACACACACUUACAGACACACACACACACACAUUCACUUCAAAAUAAACACUCACAGACACACACACAGACAUUUCCACUAACACUCACAAACUAAUAUUUUUUACAUUUAUUUUAAAUCCACCCAGCCUCCCUGGGAAAGCUGGAGUGGAUUUCUUACCAGCAGUCCAGUGUGGCUGCUGGGCAGGCAGGCAGGGGGCGCACAGGCUGAGUAAGCAGCGCUUAGUGAUGCCGGGAGCCGGACUGACGUCAUAUUCUGGCUCCCGGCUUCAUUAAGCGGCGCAGAGGAAGCUGAGCAGGAAGAGCUCAGGUGAGUAUGCUCCUUCGCUGCCCGCUGCCAGCCUUGGGGGGGCUCAAAAGUGGCCAGCCGGUCAGCUCUUGAGCCCCCCAGGAUGCGAGGCAAGCAAGGGAUCUGCCUGGGGGUUUGGAGGGAUGCUUUUUUUUGCCGCCCCCUGCAAAGUGGCGCCCAAGGCAGAUGCCUUGUUUGCCUCAUGAUACACACGUCCCCGGUGCCUGUGUGUGUUACUGUAUUCAGGCAACUUGGUGGGAGGUGGGGGGGGCGCCGUGAAGACUUUUUGCACAGGGCGCCUAAUUGCCUAAGGCCGGCCCUGUUUGUGUUCGAUUGCAGAAGUUUGCAUGGUGUAUUGAUAUUUGAUUGCUUGGAUGUAUGCAUAUAAACACAUACACUGCCACAUACAUACAUACUUACACAGAAAUAUAUACACAUUAACACACAGAUACACCCAUAUAAACACACUGACACAUACACGCAAAUUCAUCUACACACUGACACAUACACACAUAGAAACUCAACAACACAUGCACACACUGACACGUGCAAACAUCCUGACACACAGGUACACAAACACAAACUGACAUACAUACACACAGAUGCACACCCUGACACACAGAUGCACACCCUGACACACAGAUGCACAUACUGUGGCACACACAUAUAUACAGACCCAGAUGCACACACAUAUAAACAGAUGCAUAUACUGACACAUGCACACGCUGACACAUAGAUACACACACAGACACAUACACACACCUUGACAUACACAUAAACACAUACACAGGUUUAAUAUUUGCAGCCACCCUCCUGUUAACAUAACUGUGACGAAAUGAACCCCGUCACGGGCUCCUGGAGGAGCCUGCUAGCCAGCCUCCUGCCCAGGAUUAUGGGCCAUGCAAAAUACACUGAAAAAAGGUUGGUUUGUGCAAUUUGGCUUAUAUAGUUCGGGAACCGAACAGCUGCACGAACCAGAGAACUCCCGGGUGCUUGUUAAGCCCAACUGAUACUUUGUAGCAAUUUCCACCGCAGUGUUCCAAAUAUUCUUCUGGGUGGCCGCACUUCGUAUGAACGACCACAAGGUGGUGACCAUCUUGUUCUCGUGAAUGCAAGCAGCGAUGUUUAGGCAUAAAUUUCAUGGAACUAAAAUCGGACACAGAAACUCCCAAACACUGCUGGACUUCCAUCAUCGUCUGCGUUCGGUUCUACCCCACUUAGAAAGGCACUGUUUGGUGGAAGUGUUGAUGAACAUCUAAAAACACAUGGAUUUCAAGAUCAGAGACAACAUGGGUUUACUUCAGAUAGAUCAUGCCAAACUAAUCUUAUUGAUUUUUUUGAUUGGGUAACUAAAAUUAUAGAUCAGGGUGGUGCAGUAGACAUUGCUUACCUAGAUUUCAGUAAGGCUUUUGACACUGUUGCACAUAGAAGGCUUAUCAAUAAACUGCAAUCUUUAAGUUUGGAUUCCAAUAUUGUUGAAUGGGUAAGGCAGUGGCUGAGUGACAGGCAACAGAGGGUUGUAGUCAAUGGAGUAUAUUCGAAGCUUGGGCUUGUCACCAGUGGGGUACCUCAGGGAUCUGUACUUGGACCCAUUCUCUUUAAAAAUUUUAUUAGUGAUAUUGCAGAAGGUCUUGAUGGUAAGGUAUGUCUUUUUGCUGAUGAUACUAAGAUAUGUAACAGGGUUGAUGUUCCAGGAGGGAUAAGCCAAAUGGCAAAUGAUUUAGGUAAACUAGAAAAAUGGUCAGAAUUGUGGCAACUGACAUUUAAUGUGGAUAAGUGCAAGAUAAUGCAUCUUGGACGUAAAAACCCAAGGCAGAGUACAGAAUAUUUGAUAGAGUCCUAACCUCAACAUAUGAGGAAAGGGAUUUAGGGGUGAUUAUUUCUGAUGACUUAAAGGUAGGCAGACAAUGUAAUAGAGCAGCAGGAAAUGCUAGCAGAAUGCUUGGUUGUAUAGGGAGAGGUAUUAGCAGUAGAAAGAGGGAAGUGCUCAUGCCAUUGUACAGAACACUGGUGAGACCUCACUUGGAGUAUUGUACACAGUACUGGAGACCGUAUCUUCAGAAGGAUAUUGAUACCUUAGAGAGGGUUCAGAGAAGGGCUACUAAACUGGUUCAUGGAUUGCGGGAUAAAACUUACCAGGAAAGGUUAAAGGAUCUUAACAUGUAUAGCUUGGAGGAAAGACGAGACAGGGGGGAUAUGAUAGAAACAUUUAAAUACAUAAAGGGAAUCAACACAGUAAAAGGAGGAGACUAUAUUUAAAAGAAGAAAAACUACCACAACAAGAGGACAUAGUCUUAAAUUAGAGGGACAAAGGUUUAAAAAUAAUAUCAGGAAGCAUUACUUUACUGAGAGGGUAGUGGAUGCAUGGAAUAGCCUUCCAGCUGAAGUGGUAGAGGUUAACACAGUAAAGGAGUUUAUGCGUGGGAUAGGCAUAAGGCUAUCUUAACUAUAAGAUAAGGCCAGGGACUAAUGAAAGUAUUUAGAAAAUAGGGCAGACUAGAUGGGCCGAAUGGUUCUAAUCUGCUGUCACAUUCUAUGUUUCUAUGUUUCUAUAUACAAGUUUUCAGGUCAGAGGCACACCCCCUGGACCUGGUGGUAAACUGUGACAAAAGGGACACAAACCAAUGGGAACACUAAUUAACAUACGAAUGUACGUUUCCUUGUAGUGCUGGUGUUUGAGUGUGUGUAUAUAAUUUUGGAGUUUGAAUGCAGGGGUGUGUUUGGAUGUAAUAUUUGUGUUCGAUUGCAGAAGUUUGCAUGGUGUAUUGAUAUUUGAUUGCUUGGAUGUAUGCAUAUAAACACAUACACUGCCACAUACAUACAUACUUACACAGAAAUAUAUACACAUUAACACACAGAUACACCCAUAUAAACACACUGACACAUACACGCAAAUUCAUCUACACACUGACACAUACACACAUAGAAACUCAACAACACAUGCACACACUGACACGUGCAAACAUCCUGACACACAGGUACACAAACACAAACUGACAUACAUACACACAGAUGCACACCCUGACACACAGAUGCACACCCUGACACACAGAUGCACAUACUGUGGCACACACAUAUAUACAGACCCAGAUGCACACACAUAUAAACAGAUGCAUAUACUGACACAUGCACACACUGACACAUAGAUACACACACAGACACAUACACACACCUUGACAUACACAUAAACACAUACACAGGUUUAAUAUUUGCAGCCACCCUCCUGUUAACAUAACUGUGACGAAAUGAACCCCGUCACGGGCUCCUGGAGGAGCCUGCUAGCCAGCCUCCUGCCCAGGAUUAUGGGCCAUGCAAAAUACACUGAAAAAAGGUUGGUUUGUGCAAUUUGGCUUAUAUAGUUCGGGAACCGAACAGCUGCACGAACCAGAGAACUCCCGGGUGCUUGUUAAGCCCAACUGAUACUUUGUAGCAAUUUCCACCGCAGUGUUCCAAAUAUUCUUCUGGGUGGCCGUACUUCGUAUGAACGACCACAAGGUGGUGACCAUCUUGUUCUCGUGAAUGCAAGCAGCGAUGUUUAGGCAUAAAUUUCAUGGAACUAAAAUCGGACACAGAAACUCCCAAACACUGCUGGACUUCCAUCAUCGUCUGCGUUCGGUUCUACCCCACUUAGAAAGGCACUGUUUGGUGGAAGUGUUGAUGAACAUCUAAAAACACAUGGAUUUCAAGAUCAGAGACAACAUGGGUUUACUUCAGAUAGAUCAUGCCAAACUAAUCUUAUUGAUUUUUUUGAUUGGGUAACUAAAAUUAUAGAUCAGGGUGGUGCAGUAGACAUUGCUUACCUAGAUUUCAGUAAGGCUUUUGACACUGUUGUACAUAGAAGGCUUAUCAAUAAACUGCAAUCUUUAAGUUUGGAUUCCAAUAUUGUUGAAUGGGUAAGACAGUGGCUGAGUGACAGGCAACAGAGGGUUGUAGUUAAUGGAAUAUAUUCAAAGCUUGGACUUGUCACCAGUGGGGUACCUCAGGGAUCUGUACUUGGACCCAUUCUCUUUAAUAUUUUUAUUAGUGAUAUUGCAGAAGGUCUUGAUGGUAAGGUAUGUCUUUUUGCUGAUGAUACUAAGAUAUGUAACAGGGUUGAUGUUCCAGGAGGGAUAAGCCAAAUGACAAAUGAUUUAGGUAAACUAGAAAAAUGGUCAGAAUUGUGGCAACUGACAUUUAAUGUGGAUAAGUGCAAGAUAAUGCAUCUUGGACGUAAAAACCCAAGGGCAGAGUACAGAAUAUUUGAUAGAGUUCUAACCUCAACAUAUGAGGAAAGGGAUUUAGGGGUGAUUAUUUCUGAUGACUUAAAGGUAGGCAGACAAUGUAAUAGAGCAGCAGGAAAUGCUAGCAGAAUGCUUGGUUGUAUAGGGAGAGGUAUUAGCAGUAGAAAGAGGGAAGUGCUCAUGCCAUUGUACAGAACACUGGUGAGACCUCACUUGGAGUAUUGUACACAGUACUGGAGACCGUAUCUUCAGAAGGAUAUUGAUACCUUAGAGAGGGUUCAGAGAAGGGCUACUAAACUGGUUCAUGGAUUGCGGGAUAAAACUUACCAGGAAAGGUUAAAGGAUCUUAACAUGUAUAGCUUGGAGGAAAGACGAGACAGGGGGGAUAUGAUAGAAACAUUUAAAUAUAUAAAGGGAAUCAACACAGUAAAGGAGGAGACUAUAUUUAAAAGAAGAAAAACUACCACAACAAGAGGACAUAGUCUUAAAUUAGAGGGACAAAGGUUUAAAAAUAAUAUCAGGAAGUAUUACUUUACUGAGAGGGUAGUGGAUGCAUGGAAUAGCCUUCCAGCUGAAGUGGUAGAGGUUAACAUAGUAAAGUAGUUUAAGCAUGCGUGGGAUAGGCAAAAGGCUAUCCUAACUAUAAGAUAAGAUUUAGAAAAUUGGGCAGACUAGAUGGGCCGAAUGGUUCUUAUCUACCGUCACAUUCUAUGUUUCUAUGUUUCUAUGUUUCUAAGUGUUCCCACGAACAAGGGGAAUAGGCUACACAAGUACCUUAAGGAUUCCGUUCAGCGUUUUAUGUACUUUUGUGCUCCUGAAAGAGUCCGACCGUUAGCCCUGAUUUCCUGCAACUGUUUUGGGCAUAGGUCCGUGUGCAUGGUCGUUCAAAUAAUUGACUUCCAUUAAAUCCCGAACCCCUGAACCGAUCUGGGUGAUUUUUGGAUAUGUUGGUCACCCAGAUCAGGGCUAUCAGGAGAUUUGACUUUUGUGGGUUUUUCAUGUCUUUUGGGGGUUUUGUUAUAUUGUACCCGAGAAAUAAUUUAAUUAUAUGUUUGUGUGCUCAGGUAAUUAUUUCUCAGGCACAGUGGAGGAGUGUGUGGAAUGUUUGCUUGUAACUAGUUCCCUCUCAGGUCCAGAGGGGAGUGUCCCUGGAAUAUGUUUAACCCCUUAAGGACACAUGACGUGUGACAUGUCAUGAUUCCCUUUUAUUCGAGAAGUUUGGUCCUUAAGGGGUCAAGGAAACCCCUUGCAUGGGGAGUUACAUAAAAGGGUGUGUGUGGUUCCCAUUAAACACAUUCGUUUUACCCCUUCAUGAAGUCUAGGCUCAUGUUUGGGGGAUUGGAGAGCUCUAAUCCCUACUCUGCUGGAAACAGGAGAGCUAUAAUCCCUGCAGCACUUGGCAUUCGGGAGACUACUAACAGAUAAACUCAGCCGGAGUAUAGGGGAUCCGUUACAAUACCUAUAUUGUUCAGGAGGGUGGCUUGCUGUUGGUUGGGGCUGAUGGGAGUGUAAGUUAUGGAGCAGCUCUCUGGUUGCUCCUCUCCCCACUGCUGCCUGUGGUACCAUCGCAUCCUCCUCUCUCCCUCCUGCGCGGAGCUCUCUAUUUAAUCUCUGAGGAAGAGUUUGGCUGUAACUUCCUCCAGCUGGCCGAUAUCACAAGUGCCCGGUCGCACUCUUAAAGGGCCGUGGUGCCCGAGCGGGUCCCUUCCAUUGGAUGGCCCUAAGUCCAUGCCAGUGGGCCCGGGUGCAGCUGAUGCGGCUGAUCCACCACUGCCCUUAUAUCCCACAUAGAAUUGCACUGAUGAGGCUCAGGCAAGAACACACAGGCUACAGUACAGAGACCUGGCCCACGCUAUUGAAGUAGUAGGAAGGGAAUCACAAGGAUAGGGAGACAAAGUGGGAGAGAUUAACAAAUAAAAUAGGGGGAAAUGGACAAUCAUAUACAAAACUCGGAGAGAUGGGCAUACAAACAAAACAGAGAAUUUUUGGGAAUUCAGGAACAUAAAGUGGGAAACAUGCUGUUACAAUAACUGUCCUUCACUGCGCCAUUCUGUCAUGGAACCUUUCUUUGUUCCGAUGCACACAAGACGUUCCUCACUACUCUCUAGCUUCCUGGUGUCUCAUUCUGACAUGUCAUGUGUCCUUAUGGGGUUAGAUUAUCACAACCCAGUACAGGGUAUAAAUACUUCCUGGUUGUCCUUGUUUCUUUGCCCUGUCAUGGUUUCUUGUUACCCGAGAGUGUGUUUAUACUGUAUAUUGGAUUUACUGUUUUCUGACCUUGGCUUGUUCGAUACACAUCCUUACCAUGUCUAUUUUCCAAUUUAUGCCCAACGUGGUCCUUAAUAGUUGCAUGUGUAUUAUAUUACAGUCAUUAAAAGUCCUCCAGAAUGGGAAAUUGGAAUCUAUAUUGCUGGUGCAUUAACACUACUUGGAGUAGCUGGGCUAUACCUAUGGAAACUUUAUAAAUCAGGAAAUUACCCAUCACCUUCUCCUUUUCCUAACUACGACUAUCGAUAUCUCAAGCACAAAUAUGGAACAUCUCACCCCAACGUUAAAAAAAAGGUAAGAUAUGGUUGACGAACUAGUCUAAAAGUCAGGAUUUAGAUAUCCAAUUAUCAUUAAUCUACAUCUAUUUACUAGGCUGAUCAGUUGUCCUAUUCAUGUGGAUGAUAAGAUGUUUCAUGACAAUGGGGAGAUUUAUCAAAGAGUUCUGUUCUAAAAUGUGGUCUAAAGUACUAAACGGGGAGCAGUCACUAGAGAAACUGGUGGAAGCAAAAGGCACAUUCCAUUAGUGACCCCCUUCUUUAAAUUAUACCAUCACCUUUCAGAACAGAACACACUGAUAAAUAGCGCCAUGUGUAUUACAACACUGCAUUGAAAUGAAUGUUAAACUGUACAGUGUGUUUUUUUAUAAGACUCCUUAUUAUAAGGGAAUUGUUAUUACUCAAUUGUAUUGUUUUCAAUAUCGUUUAAUUUCAAUCUGGUUAUCUUGAAAAUAAUAUUAAAUAACCACCGGCACAUAAACUCUAGCAUUGCUAUAUCUUACGCUAACUAAAAAGCUAAGCACAUAUUUUGUGCAAAGAGAGCUUUAGAUAUGGUUCAGUGGUUAAUUAUAGUAAUGGCUUUACGGGUUGUCAAUAGGAAUGUUAAUCAAUGAGAGCGUUUCCCCGGCUUUGCGAGAAGCCAUACGAAGCAUUGCGUAGAUCAUGAUUGAAAAAAAAUGUAUAAACAAUAUGUGGAUGCAUUUACUAAGGCACUAUUUUGCAAUAGUAACGGCAAGUCCUACUAUAUAGAUAUAUAUAUAUCUGAUUAAACUGAUUGCCAAUAAGGUACGACUGUAUUUUGUAUCCAACUAAUUAGAUUGAUUACCUGCAGAAAUGUUGAGCUUUGAAAUGCUGUGUGUCAUUACAGUGCAAAUGGAUUGUCAAUGUAGCAUUUAUUAGAACACAGGCAUUACGGCUGCGUUUGUUAGAAUGCCAUCUUUAAUGGAGGGCUUAGAUUUAGCACUUCGUAUUAGCGGUUGCUGUUCUAUGUGAAUUCUAAUGAAUGACUCUAAUGAAUUGCUCUAACACUUUUUUGUUUUUGUCCGAACAAUGCCCAUUGGGCAUUAUUCCUAGGGUCCCCCAUCCUGAAAUCACUGCAAUUUUUCUUAAAAAUAAGAUUUACUCACCUUAAUCCAGCGUGGGGCAAAGCUCCCGGAACGGCUCAGUACACCCCCUUGUGAAGUCACAGGAGCCCCAUGGAGGUCCAAUCAAAGGUUACUCAUAGAGAAGCCUUUCACUGGACUAUUUAACUGAGCACAUGUGAGCUCUGAUCUGAUGAAGCUAAGGGGGGGAGUGGGGAAAGGAGUAAGGAGGGUGAAAAGAAAUUUAGUGGAUGGAAGAGGAAAGCAGGGGGGUAGGAGGGGGUUCCAGUUGCAGGUUCUGCCCGCAGAGGGAGAAGCAGAGAACUUCUGUUGCAGACAUAAAAAUAUGCAUAAAAUUUACAUUAGGCAGCUGCCAAAGUCACGUUCUGGGGGCAAAUAACCCUGGGUAUGUAGUGUUUCAAGCUGAAACACUGCACCUCCAGACUCCUACCACCAUGACCACUUCUAGAAGAAAACGUGGCCAUGGUGAUUAGACUGAGCUUUUAACAGUUUCAAAAUUGAGAAUACACUUCAAUAGUAAAUACAGUUGACAACAUCGGUACAAUGUUAAUUGGAAAGGACGAAUUAGACAUAUAUACAAUGUUGUCGGGCAGAUUUAAAUUGUAUUUCUUACUCCUUACAGAAAACCACAGUUGUCAGUUCUAGAAAUAGCAUGACAAACCUCAAUGACAAUUAUGAGAGUAUCAGCGAAUUUGGUCCCAUUGAAUUGAUUAACAGAGAUCUGGAAAUGACUCCCUAUGGAGUGCUAAGGAAAUCUGUCUCUACCGAUUCUCUCAGUUCUAUCUCAUCGAUUGGCAAUAAUUUUGGCCAAGAUUUUACAGUAGGACAGAUUGAAGUGACUAUGGAAUAUGACAUCAGUUCCAACACCCUGCACGUUUCUUUAUUACAAGGGAAGGAUCUCCUGGACAAAAGAGAAGAGGGUAACUUUGAAUCUUGCUUUGUACAUAUCAGUCUGCUCCCAGAUGAACAAAUUGUUGGGAUUUCCAGGGUAAGUCCUUCUUCAUAUUUCUUAAUUUUACAUCCAGUAAGUUGAAUGUGGUACUUUAACACGUUAUAAACAAACUAUCUGAGGAUUGGUAUCAUUUUGAUAAGUAUAUUUUCUUAAAUUGUCAUAUUUCCAGGUGCAUAAUGAUCGUAUUACAUAAUGAAAAAAGAGCAAGGAUCCAAAAGUCAUGUGAAAUCGUUAUAUUAAACCCACCUUAAUAUUCACGCAGCAUUUUCUCAAUUUAAGGACUUAGAAAUAUGAAAACAGUCAUUUCACAUUACAUAACAAUGUACAUUUAUUAAAGAAAUAAUGAUAAGGUGGUGACCCCUGAACCUGAUAUGGUUGAGGGGAAACCAGGAUGUCAAAUCUCCAAAAAGAAGAAUCUUUACAAGCUUUGCGGAGACCUUAACAGGUUGGAAAGUUAACAGAUCCACCUUGCUGGUUGUUGAAUAAAAUGUCAUUUCUAUAAUUGAAGUUAUUGUGUAGUGUAGUGGUGAUGUUACCUUUGUCUUUACCUUUGCAGUACCCUGACAGAGCUGGAUUACCCGUAAUACCAAAUGAGGAGCACAUCCGUUAAAAGGAAAAAACACUUUAUUAAUUAGGUCCAAUAUGCCAGGUAUCCCAAAAUGGUAUUAGAAGCAUUGACAAUAAUAACAAUGUAAAACUCCAUGCAACAAAACAUAGUAUACACAACUCACAUAUAUUCAUGCACAUAGAGUCACAAUUACAGCAGUUCUAUUCAUGGUAUAGAGUCCACAAUGAUACAUUAAAGGAAACCUACCCACUAGAAAAUACAUACCAUAAAAAAGGACAACAGAAAUAGCGAGAAGAGGGAGACAAUCAGAAUUGCUCCCAACGUUUUGGCAAAAUAGUCUUUAUCAAGGGAGCAUGUUAUGAAAAAUAUACAAAACUCCUUUAUAUACCCUGAAAACAAAAUGUAAAUCAAAGCACCUGUGUGAAAUGGGUGGCCACCCACAUUGAUUGGGAUCCACCCAACCAUGAUCAAAUAGCUAUGGUCACCAAGGAUAUCAAUAAACAGGAAGUCUAAAUACAUCAAUCCCAUACAUACAUUUAUAGAGUAUAUAAAUUCCGAAUCCCACUUAGCUGAAUGAAAAAAACGAUAAAAAAGACACAUUGUUUUGGUCCAUUGGGAUAUAGGACCCUUGAGUGAUCACCCAAUCUAAGAAUUUGCUUUUUGUUGAGAUAUUUUUAUGUAAUUCAUUUAGUGUGUCUACCUUUCUAAAUAAGAGCUGGAUUACCCAACAGGCGACCAAGGUAGCUGCCCAGGGCCUGGGCUAAUUUGGUUGAGGGAGCGGAUUGGCCUAUAACAAUAUCAGGUACAGACCAAUUUCCCCUCCCAGUCCCUUCGGUGAUUCAGAGCCAAUGCUGAGUCAUUGACUGAGCACUAGAACAACGAGGGCACUCUGAAUGUGGUCUGAACCAGAUAUUGGCACAGAUGGUGGAGCUCUGCCAAUGGAAUACUAGACAUGUGGAAUUUGUUUUGUUCCGAAUGUACAUUCGGACGAAUUUCGUGCAAUUCGGACAUUCGGAUGCUUACGAAUGUCCGAAGUGGCGAUGUUCCAAAGUGCCGAAGUUCGGUAGUUCGAAAGUGCAGAACAGAAUGACAUUGGUCCGAAUUAAUGAAGUUCCGGUGCUUCGGAUUUCUGAAAAGUGUCAAAACAAGAGAGAGGGAGGGAAAAUUACAUGAAUGAUGACAGGAAUCUUGACCAAUAAGCUAAUUCCUGGCCCUGGGAGCCCUAUAUAUGUGUAAGUGGUUGUGGUGGCAGUCCAUGCACUGGGAGCCCUAUAUAUGUGUAAGUGGUUGUGGUGGCAGUCCAUGCACUGGGAGCCCCCUGCCACCACAACCACUUACACAUCUAUAGGGCUCCCAGUGCACGGACUGCCACCACAACCACUUACUAGACAUGUGCAAUUAGUUUCAUGCAAUACGUACAUUCGGAUGCUUAUGAAGCAUGCAAAUUGUUUUACUUACCCGAAUAUCCGCACCGAACCACAUUUUUUGCCCUUGCACAUUCCUACAGAAUACCAAGGAUCAAGCUCAGUCUCCACUGCUGAGGGGCCUAGGCAACUGUAAUCUGGCAUCUGGCUCUAUCCCCUGCUUUUAUGUCAGACCAUGUACGGCCACCUGGAGGCUGCCCCCUACUCAUAGUGUAAUUAGCACUAUCAAUGUCAGCCUCAUGACAUUACUAGGCUGAAUGCCUGUAACCUCGAAAACUGUUUGAUAAAGAACUGAAGAAUGGUGCCCAGAAAUUUUUGGAAACAUAACCAUUACACUGAGCUGUGGUGAUAAUGUUGCUUCGAGUAUCUAAAAUAUGUUUAUUAAAUGUUAAUCAAGAGCCUCUGUAUCUCAAAGUAAAUAAUUUUGAGGUUGCAAAAUGCCAAAGGGUUGAACAAAUCCCAGAGAUUUGUUACAUAUUUUAGAAAUCCAUGUUAAUGGAAUGAUAAGGUCAAUGCAUGUAUCACCAGCCACACUGAAAUUCGGAACAUUAGAUUAGCCAUGGACAAUUGGAGAUAAUCAAUGUUCUCAACUUACAUUUCUCUUCAAAUCCUCUCCCUACCAGAUAAAAAUAAACCAAUCUCUCUCUCUCUCUCUCUGUCUCUCUCUAUCUGUCAGUCUCUCCCUCUCUCUGUCAGUCUCUCUCUCUCUCUGUCAGUCUCUCUCUCUCUAUCCAUCCAUCUCACCUUAAUAUACACCUCCUGAUUAAAAUGUAUUAUAAUUUUAAUUAUUUAGUACAUUAUGUUAUAUAUACCCAUUGUACAGCGCUGUAUAAUUUGUUGGCGCUUUAUAAAUAAUAAUGAUAUAUAUAUAUACACACACACACACACACACACACACACCUAACACAUUUUUCGAUUAUAAAAUACAAAGACUCAACGCUUUCUUUAAGGUUAGCAGACACUGCAGCACAGAAGGAAGAAUUCCAGGGUAAAAGCUACUGAAUCUUAGAGGAGAUUCAGACAGACUGUCCCAGGGGGGUUUAAUAAGCCAGGAUUCCACCAUCCCAGUGUGCUGCGUGGGCGGAUAUGCUACAAGUUUAAUAUUGUAGCUACUCAUUAAAAAAUGACAGUAGGCAUUCCUGUCCAGCUCUCUCCCUGUGCAGCAGAGCACACUUUAAUUACAGCUCAUGCAUCAUCACAGGAAGGUUGGCUUGCACCAAAGACUUAAGACACCCUGGGGUUUAUUUGCUAAACAGUGAACUGAUGUGAUUUAAAAGCUGAAUUUUCUAAACUAAAACCAAAAUAUGUGAGCUGGAAGUGGAACGAUCCUUCUGCUUAGCUAUAUUCCCAACCUGACCACGUGUUUUAUCUAUAGUUUGAUAAUCGGGUCCUCAAACCAUCACAGUCUACAGUUUAAUGAAUUAAUCUCUCAGUGGAGGUUUCUACGUUAUCUGAAUUCCUUUUGUGUAAGAAAAAACGAGCAGGCUUUUGGUCAUGAAGAGGUUAACUCAUAAAGAUAAUUGCAAACAGAAAGGAUUAACUGUUUGCAUUACAGUUCCCCAUUAAUCAGAUUCUGUAUUGAUCUUGUUAAAAGUAUCACUGACGAUGCAUUCUCCUGCAUCCUCCGUGAAUGGAUCACUUUUUUUCCCUUUAAACAGAAACAGUCAUAUUAUUGAUGAGAGAUAUUCUAAAACCGAUAAAGGCAGCUCUUGCUUGCGUUAUCCUUUUGAUACAUAGUACAGAUUUUAUAUAUGUCAAUAAGGAAGAAACAUUCUAAUAUUAUAAGCAAAUUGUGAAAAAAUAAAGCAGGUCUCUACAUUGCAACUAACGUUCAGUGGUGGAAUUAAAUCGUGUUAAUAUAAAAUAUCUGUUUAUUUUCACAAUUUGACAACAUUGAUAACAUACUGAAGCCUUAUCACUAUACUAGAAAAUAGGUGGAACGUUGCAUAAAUUUGCAUAAAAUGCCAGGUCUAUGCCCUUUUUUCCAGGGCAGUUUUUUUUUGUCAGAGUGCAGUGCUCGUCAUUUGCAAAGUUCUUGAGUAAUAUAAUAUAAAUAGCUGAUUUGAAAUAUAAUGUGGCGGGGAGCUGUCAGGAAAUAUUAAUAUUUUAUGCUAAGAUUGAGACAUAUAGAUGCAGACAUGCCCUGGUACUGUAGCUAAUGUAGAAUGCAUCUUCCAUCUGGCGCAGUUUGCGGAUCAGGAUGCUGGUUGUAUCGUAUUGAUAGAAAUUGCAUUACCAUCACUACAUGCUGGCACUUCUGUCUUUGAUUAAUAGAGUUAAGAGAGGAAUUAUCCCAGACAGCGCCAUAUAUCUAACGUGUAACACAAACAGCAUAUCAAGAAAAAUUGGGGGGGAAGGAAUUGAAGAGGUGUCGAAAAUGUAUUUUUAAAUGAAUUGAGGACAAGCCCCCACGUCCUGCAAAGUUAUUCAGUAAAACUUAUAUUUGUAACACACUUAAAGGAAAAUUGGAUAUUAUCUUAACGUCUGCUGUCGUGAAUCCCCUGAGCCCUGUGCAAAUGACAGCUGUUUUAAUACGAGUAAAGAAUACUGAUAAUUUUUCACUUUUCUUCAAUUUGAGUGAUUCUGCUCACAAUUGAUUUAUAGCUCUGGGUGCGAUCUUAUUAUCUUCUCAAAUCCAUUGUAUUAUCUAAUUCUGUAUUGCCUCUGCUUCCUAUUGGCUGACAAAUCCCCUCUGCUCUAAGCAGAGUGACUGUUUCCUCUUGUAUUAUGACGUUCAAAUUAAACCGAUAAAACAGAGGAAUGAAUAACAUCCCAUGACAACUCACACUUUGUAAAAGUCGAAAUUCUCUAUAAUGCAGCAUGGCACCAAUUAUGGGUUGGCUGAACAACAGCAUUUUGAGAACUUUGUAUAUUUCUGUUUUGCACAAGUGAUGUUUUCUUAAUUACCUGUAAAACUGAUAUCGUUCUGUGUCACACCCACACCUCCAAAGUGUCCCUAUUUAGAAGGGACAGUCCCUAUUUUUGGACCAAAGUAUAACGCACCCUUACCUACACCCCUUGGGCAAAUGCACUACAAACAGAGCAAUCACCAUUGAGGAUCUUAGCAAACUAUACAAACACCCCAGAUGGUGACGAUGAAAGGAAUAACGUAAAAUUCAUCUUAGAAUCCAAACCCUAAAUCGAGAGAGACAAAUUAUAGAAGAUUAAUUUAGUAAAAUACAACAAAUGUUAGUAGCAACAUUACCAGCCACAAACACAUCAUGUUCUGAAUACAAUGUACAAAAAUUAGACAAAUGAAAUGGAUGGAUGGAGUGUGGAGCCAUAGAAUUAAUACAAAUAGCAACACCCAAAUCUGAGGACCAAAAAUGCAAUAAGACAGUCAAAAUGAACAUUUAAACAGUGAAUUAAUCUCACUUUGGUACCGUUACAGAACCAUCUGUAAUCAGGCACGGAUAAUCUAAUAUAUUUAUUGAUAGACUUUCUCUUGUACUGUGUUUGAAAUCAACGUCAUACUGCGCUGGCACUGAGAUGGUGUAAUGCUGGUAUCUGUGCCCAGAGAGUGGUUUGUAUAACACAUAUUUAACAGUUUCAUUGCUGGACCGCUCGACUGAGUGCCAACAUUGAUCAAAGUCACGUAGCGUCUGACUAUUACAGAUGUAGAAGAUUAAGAAAAUUGUUAAUGUAAUGGAAAAACAUAAGGAUCAUCUUAGAAAGUAUAUAUGUGGAAUAGCAAACUGGGCAUGAUAAGAGUAAGUGAAUGCAACAGCUGGAGAGACAGGCGUUCUCUAUCUCAGUGGCGUACACACAAUCCAUGGGGCCCCGGUGCAAAACUGAUCCAUGGGGUCAACCCCUGCGACCGCGGUAUGUACGCCUCUGCUCUAUCCCUUACCAUUUAAUGGGCUGCUUAGCUGUAUCCAUCUUAUGUCUGUCCAGUGGCAACCCAGGCAGGGCCCCCUCUAUGAUUUACUUGAUUUACGGAGCAGGGUGGAUGCACAUCUCUAAUUCUUUGUGAACUAAGCCUGGCCAGCCGACCCAUUCUCAGAGUGCUGCUGAUAGGAGCUGGAACUGGCAAAAUUGCCCUUCAUGGGCUUAUGUAAUUCAAACACCUUAAAUGAUGCUGAAAAAGCUUUUUGAGCAUUUUUUUGACUUUUUCUCUGGGGCCUCCAGAAAUGAGAGCAAAUAAAUAUCUCAAAAUAAGGACUGUCAUGCAAGGCCUUGGACAGUUGGGAGGUAUGCAGUCCACCUCUGGGUCACAAAUCCUUUGCAAUUGCAUUGUUUAAUGUCACUCUCCUUCAUGAAAUAUGUUUUCCCUCUGGGGUGAACAGUCAGCUCUGACACUGUCAUUAAGAGUCUUGUUACUGAAAAUCCCAAUUGCCGCAAUCCCGAGACAAUUCAUUUUCUGUACAAAGUCUUUUUUUUUUAACUGUUUCCAUGAUGGAAUGCUUACGUUUCAAAGGAGCUCUAGGCCUGAGCACAGAAAUCGUUAUUGUAACCUGGGCUUAUUACCUGAGUCACAAUGCAAGGCACAACACUGCGGGUUGAUUUGCUUGCACUGCGUGUAGUUGGGAGAGGAAUCCCGCUGUUACUGUCAAGCGUUACAUUGAUUCAAGGAUGGCUGAAUGAUGGCAUUGGUAAACACUGCUCUGCUCGGUGCUGGAAAACCGACACACAAAGCAAAAAGAAAUGCUCCCGUCAAUGCAAUACAGAGACAUGAAGAACCGUUUGAUAUUUGAGUUUUAUAUUAUUUUUUAAGGCACAGGAAUAAUGGGUUACUGGAAAUAUAAAAAUAAACCAUAUGCUUUCUAUCUCUUGAAACUCAAAUGUCAUAUGACAACAGCAUAUUCCCCUUUUACUCCACUUACCACUUGUUCAGAAAAUGUAUACGUGCAUGAUAUACUUCACAAAAAAGUCCUGACCCACGCUUUCAUGUGUACAAGGUUUAGCAACUGACUCCCCUUUCCUUGCUUUUUCUCAAUAUUCCAACUUCAGCAGAUUUAGAACAGAUUCAGUAUCCUUAAUAGACUUAGUGUUUGAAAACAUCUGUAUCACAAGCAGAUAUGUCUCGUUACCAAGGAAUAAUGAACUGUUAUAAUUUACAUUCAGAGGUUAGGAUAUAAAGCUGCGAUGCCAGGAACCUCAAUUCUAAGUAUCUCGUAGAUUGGUAAAAUUCCCAUUAAAUACAACAUUUAUAUUAAAGAGCAGAAUAUUUAUGUAUUGUAUAUAUUUUGUUAGCUGAAUUGCUCGUCAAUGUAUAGAUUAAAAAAAAUAACAUGAUAAAGUACAUUCUACAGCUGUCAAACAAUUCACCAAUUGUCAAGCAAUAUUCCUCCAGGUGGUUAUCCUCUUUUCUUUCACAGCAACUACUACAGCACAUGCCCAGCAAUGCAUUGUAGUUGCUGUGAUAAUCGCAGGCAUGAUUGAGCGUUGCACUUUGCAGAUGGAUGCUGGGAGUGGAGUGAUGGAUGUCACUCGAUUCACACACCGAUGUGCGAGUAAUGAACAACGUAGCAGCUUUCUGGGAUGGUGCACCCUGUUUUGAAAGUAUCUGUAUAUCUGUUUAUUCAGCAUUCCUAGCAAGAGGUGGCCAGUAGCAAACUAAAAGCCUCAGCUAGCGAUCUCACUCCUAUCAAUGGUACCCAAGACAAUAUUUUCCUUACUACUACCAGGGCGGGAGGACAAAGGGGCAGAACAGACGGCACCAGGGGGACAACUAAGAGGUUAAGCCAUUCGAAAAUGGUUUAACUUCAUAAGGUAAUAUGGCAGGGGUAGGCAACUUUCGGCACUCCAAAUGUUAUGGACCACAUUUCCCAUAAUGCCAUCACAGCCAUAAUGCUGGCAAGGCAUCAGGGUAGAUGUUGUCCAUAACGUCUGGAGCACAGAAGGCAUCCUUUCCAAAAGAAAAAUUGGAAGUAAUGUUUUAAUAGUAAAAAUGUAUUCUUUCACCCUGCUGCACGGUUUGCUAUAACGAUCAUUUCUUAACAUUUGCAUUCUUUUAUUGUUUUGACAGAUACAGAGAAAUGCAUAUUCGGUUUUAUUUGAUGAGAUGUUUUCCAUUCCUCUCGACCCACUGGCUCUGGAAGAAAACAGCCUGAGGUUCUCUAUUUUUGCAAUUGAUGGGGAUGAGAGAAACGUCAGCACUGGAGUAGCGGAACUGAAGUUAUCUGACUUGGAUUUGACUCUGCGUCCAUUUAAUACAUGGAUAUAUCUACAGGAUGUCAACAAGGUUAAUGAACUAGCUGCAUUAUUAUGGAGCAAUGCUACUGCUAUUUGUAGAUUAUAUGUGAUACAUGAGAGCGUUCUCGUUACUUCCUUUGGUUUAAAGCAGAAUUAUCACUCACGGAGGACAGCGUAGAGGAGAACAAGAAAAGAAAGUCGCAAUUUAGAUCAUAAAGCAGAUUUUUCACCAAUUAAAAAAAAAUCACUUAAAUAGCAGAGCACAAUGCCAUCUAUAGUCUAUUUAACUCUUCCCAGCUGUUUGUGGAGUUUUGGUACCAUAUUCUAAAUUCUUGAAUUUACAUUGUGACCCAAACCCUAAGUCAUUCUUGCACAAAACCUAGCUCUUACCCGCACCACUUAAAUGUGCCUUCCUAUGGCAUCAUUAAUAUCCUAAAUCUAACCUUACCUGAAGACUAAGUUCCUCACACAAACCCUAAUCACUCCUUUCCACAAGCCCUUUCUGUACCUUAAACGUAUCAUUUAAUUUAAAGCUAAAAUCUUCCGUUUAACUUUAUUAAAGCUUUAAUCCUUUUACCAUCGUUAUUACUAUAACCCCAGCCUUAAAGUUAGCGAUAAGGAUAGCGCAUUAAUGCUGUCAAAUGUAAACCCCAAGACCGUUCCUUAGGAAUGUAUCAUUAAUGUGUACAACGUGUAAAAUGUUCAAAAUAAGUUAAAGUAUUUAUGUUUUUGCUAGUGAAUGUAGAGGAUUUACUAGUUGAUAGAUAUAUUGUUACUUUUAGUAUCUUUGGGCAUCUAUAUUUUAUCAAUAAUUCUGGGCAUUAAAAGGGACCGAUGUAAAUGUGUGAAACAUGAAGUCUACUCCAAAUGUAUGUAACCUUUGGCACACCAGGUAUUGCGGACUAGAUCUCCACUGAUGCUCGGAGAUCAUUUAGAAAAUUGGGCAGACUAGAUGGGCCGAAUGGUUCUUAUCUGCUGUCACAUUCACAUUCUAUGAGAUGUAUUCUUCAAUGCCUGGCGUGCCGAAGGUUAAUUACCCCUGGUCUAGCCGAAUAUUCUUUAAUGAUUUGUUAAACUAUCAAAACUCUGUUACACUCUUCCAACUGUUUUGUUGUUUACAUAGAAAAGAGAAAUUAAAUGUAAUACUUUGGUGCAUAAAGGGUUAAAUAGGGGACAGAGGUAAAACUGAAAACUCUAGCCCAUAUAUGUAGGUAGCGUGCAGCACUUCUUAUUUUGUGAACUACACCAUCCAUAAUGCUCUUACAGCUGUAAUGCUGGCAAAGCAUCAGAAAAGAUCUCGUCCACGACAUCGGGAGUGCUGAAGGUUAACGACCCCUGCUCUAGCCCUUUUUUUGAAAGCAUCUAUGUAGUGUAGCAUAAAAGAGAACUAGUGGUUGCAAGUUGUCUCACUGCUCAAUUCUCUGCUAUUUAGGAGUUAAAUCACUUUGUUUAUGCAGCCCAAGGUACACCUCCUGGACUUGCCCAGACUGUAUGUGACUUGCCCAGCCUUCCAAAACACUUUCUGUAAAGAGGCAUCUAAUGUUUACACUUCCAUUAUUUCAAAUUCUGCUUAAUUUAGAAUUUUGUAUCUCCUGCUCUGUUAAUAACUUGCAAAACCCUGCAGGAGUUUACAGUAUGUAAUUAAAGUUUAAUUUACAGAGCAGGAGAUAAAAACUUCUUAAGUAAGUUAACAUCUGACUAAAAUGAAACCAUUUUUUUUUCAUGUAGACUUUGUGAGUUACAGUUAGGGGAGGUGUGGCUAGGGCUGCAUAAGCAGAAACAAAAGUGAUUUAACGCCUAAAUGGCAGAGAAUUGAGCAGUGAAAUUGCAGGGGAAUGAUCUAUACACUAAAACUGCUUUAUUUAGCUAAAGUUGUUUUGGUGACUAUAGGGUCCCUUUAAGCACACUUUGUGUAGGACGGCAUAGAAUGCACUAACUGCGUUAAGGUUGUGGACAUUAGGCAAUGAAGUUUGUGCAGAUGGAUGAGUCGUACCUGGCAGUUCCUUUUGCUAGGAGGACAUAAUAUCGUGCUUGUAAUUAAACAUUGCUGUAUGUCAUUAUUGUUGUUGUUACCUUUCAGGCUGCGGACUCAGUAGGGGAAAUUCUAUUAUCUCUUAGUUACCUUCCGACCGCUGAACGCCUUACUGUCGUGGUGGUUAAAGCAAAAAACUUGAUAUGGACAGAAGGAAAGGUCACAGCAGGUAAUAUUUCAUUGCUGAACAAUUGUCACCUACAAUCCUGAGUGUGACACAGAGAGGCAACCUUCGGCACUCCAGAUAUUGUGGAUUAAGUCUUACCAGGUGCUAUGCCAGUAUCAUGACUGUGAAAGCAUUAUGGGAAAUGUAGUUCACAACAUCUAGAGACCCAAAGGUCGCCUUACCCUUGCUCUAGGGUGAACCUAGGGUGAAACCCAAGUUCGAAUCCUUGUCAGACCACCUUACCAAUACGUUUCCCUGGGCAAGACACCUAACAAUAUAUUUCUGCCUACCUCAAAUCCUUGUAGAUUGUAAGCUCCUUUAGGCAAGACCUUCUUCAACUCCGUAACUGUAAAGCUAUAUAAAUGCCAAUAUUAAUAAUAAAUCCAACCUCAGCUUCGCUGAGCUCGCUGUGUGUUCUAUUAGGGUAUUUAUGCAGAAUUUAGCUUAUUAUACUAAAAUAAUCAAUUCCAACGUUUAAAUUUAAAGGAAAACUGUAUGCUCAUAACCACUAUAGCGAGCUCUAUGGGCUACUAAAAAGUGACCUGGCUUCACAGUUUAGGAUCACGUCUAUAAUAGCCUUUCAUUUUUGCACUAUCCCCUGAUCCUUAUAAAAAGACGUUCACCUUUGCAAACAAUGAAAUUAGUGUUAUUAAGAGGUUAGAACUAGUUUAGCAAACUCUCUUUGUUGUGGACAUUAAAUGAUAUCAAUACUGGCCCUUACGAGAUGCACAUUGGGAGGACUUGAUUCACUAUUAAUAAACAAACAAUACUCGAUUUGAAUCUCCCACAUGCAGAUGUUACUGUCUACAAUAGUAAAAUAGGUUUUCAAAUGACUGAAUAAUUUCAGGUACAGUUUGUUUGGCAUUGUAACACCUCGGUUAGCUGUGUUUUCUUCACGGAUAUCAGUGAGUGCAUGUCGUGUUUAGGAAGAUCCCUCGAUACAUGCAGAAGAAAGUAGGCUGUAAAAAUUGCCGUUACAGCAAAAUGAAUAUUUCAUUACUCCGGGAAAAUGCUUGCUUUAUAACAAAACAUUGCUACACAGGAUUGUUUGUAGUGUUCCCACCGUCUAAUUCUUUGUUUAUUAGAAAUAUCGUUACAGGAGAAUUCUUGAAAAGCUAUGAUUUAAUAUAGUAAGACAUAUCUAAAAUAUAACAAUAUGGUUAAAAAGAAAAAUAAUAUAUCCAAGAAAUGGAAAGUAUAAUUCCAUUUUGAUUGAACACAUUAAAUUAAAAAAAUCAGUGGAAAAUCUGCACAGUCUGACAGACUGUGUUUUGCUAGUGAUUACAUUUUGUCUAUAUCCGCCACCAGCAAAGCACAUUAAAUUAUACCAAGUCUGCGGUAUGAGCUGCCUCUUUGUUAGUCUCAGCCAAUCCUAUGUGGAAGCACUGUGAUUGGAUCAGGCUAUCACUUCUGUGGAUGUCAGGAGGCAGUGGGAAGGUCUAAAGGAAACAGGGACAACGCAUGCAGCUGCAGACUUGAAUACAAGUAGGAUUUUACUAUUUUUACGGAGGCAUGAGGGGACCAGGGGGGCUAGAUGGUGGUUUGAACCCAUGUUUGUAUAGUGACCCUAUAAUGCUCCUUUAAUUAGUGUCUACUGUUAACGAGCAGUUGACAAAUAGCCGCACAGUUACCCAACUUGUUGGUACUCAUUGUAUUAACCUCAGAAGAAUAAAACUGUUAUUGUCCUGCUAGGAAAUGAAUGUCAUCUUAUCUCUCCUGCCAGCAGUCUUCUGUCAACUGCCCCUUUUAAUUGAAAGAAUAAAGGCCACGAGAGUAUAAUGUACCGAUUUUAUGAGUGAACUGACAGAGAGAGGGGUGCACCUGUUCCUGAUUCACUACCUGUGCUGGUAAAAGGAUGAUACCAGAUAUGCCACUGCUCUGAAAGUUGCAACAUUGAAUGAAAUAUUGACAAUCAGCUGUAAGCCAUGUUAACCAUCAUGUGAUACUCGGUUUUCAUUUCAAAUAUUUAUUAAAGAGUUCGCAAGUGACGUCACAAUUCAGUUAGGUGCCAGCACAGCCAGGACACACAAUGCGAAGGGGGAGAACAGAAAAAUUAUUCCAUUAUGGCCAUUGUCAGAAAAGACAAAAUUUAGAGCCAUGAUUAAUAGGGAGUUAGAUGGAGCCACUGGUUCCAGAAACAUUUAUAUUCCUUUUUUCCUCAAAAAACACAUAUUUGUGAAAUAUAGAGAAUAUUAAAAUCCAGCGAGACAAUAGUUCCUUUUUAAGAAUGCACAGACCUCGAUAUUAAACACAUGUGGCAUUAUAUCUGUGUGUGUGUUUCUAGAGCGAGAAGAUAGUUAUUUCUUGUAUUUUUCCUUUUCUCAUAGACAAGAGAAUCCGUUCUCUAUUUGAAACUGAAAACCCUGAGUUUAUAGUUUUCCCUUUAAUUAAUACUCCCUUAAAGACUAAUCCAGAAACGAUAGCAAGCGUGAAUAAACUGAGACCAUUCUAUCCUGGAGAUAAAAAUCCUUGUUAUAUUCACAGAUCCGUUUGUAAAGGUUUAUCUGCUCCAAGAUGGGAGAAAGAUCAGUAAAAAAAAGACAGCCAUGAAGCGUGAUGACAGGAACCCUGUUUUUAAUGAAGCCAUGAUAUUCUCGGUUCCGGCUAUUGUACUGCAGGUGAGUCAUCAAUUCCGAUCUUGUUUCGGAACCUCAUCUCUCCACGGAUUUGAGGCAUAAGUUAGGGAAUACGAGCAUGUUUUCAUCACAUUGAUGUGAAUGAAUCAUUUGAUUAAAAAUGUAUCUGCACAGAAGUUAAAAAUAUUUUUUUCUGCUGGGGAAAUGCGUCGCCCACCAGUUAACCCGUAAAUCGUAACACUGCUAAGAGACUCAGAAAUACGCCAUUGUACUGAGCCAUCGUUUUACGUUACUUCUCUAUUAAUCCCACCACUGCAGGAGGUUCAAUCAUUAUCACAGUGGCAAACGGUUCUAUCCUGAGAAUGAGACUCCGUGGCAGAGUGAGAGGAGUAACAUUUUUGAGGAUAGAUUAUUUGUUCUAUCUGUGCAUGGUACAUGAAAGUGAUGUUUGAGUGUACAAACAUGUGUGCGUAUUGUGACGCACUUACCUGUACCUAUUCAAAAGGGCUAAAUGUAGCUAUUAGUAAGGGGGUGUGAUGCAGCCUUUGUAGCAGUUACUACACGCUAUAUUGCUGCAUGUGAUGGCUUUCAGUAAUUUUAUAUUCGAGCUGUGGAUGCACAAAUAGCUACGCAGAAAAGCAGAGACAGUUACAGCUUGUUUUAGAAGUCAAUAUAUUUUAUUGCGCUGGUAAAACUCCGAUAACAAGACAGGGUGUAGAAUACUUGAGCUAAUCUCAACCAGAUAUUUUUUGUGUCUUGUAACUAUGUAUGUCAGAAGAAUGACAAAGGAGACAAGCUGAAGCAGACACGUGGCACUUAAUCAUAGUACUCUCUGUGCACUAUUGUUAACCCACUACAAUGAAAUUUGUAUUGUCCCCUGGUAUGUUGUCAUUGUAGACUGCCUUCUGCAUAUAUCCCAUUGACAUGCUAAUACAUUAGCUCAGUUCUUUUUCUGUCAUUUAUAUCAAUUUCACUUUUUUGGGGGGAUCCAGAUUUGUUUCCUCACUGGAUUAAUGAUGACCGUUGACUUAAUUUGUAGGAAGAGCACAAACAAAUGGGUAGGACCCAUAAUAGAAUACUGCUUUAUUUCAAUUCCAUUGAGUGGGGAUGAACAGACAAAACGUGUCUGCAAAAAUAAAACUUGCAAUGUUAUUUUCAAUUCCCAUUUUGAAUAAACCCAUGCAUAUUUUUAUAUAUUACACAAAUCAAUCUAGCAAACCGAUAGGGAAACGGACUUGUAGGGACAUUAACUAAUGUUAGUUUUACUUAGCAUUUGAAAUUCCCUGGUCAAUCAGAACAAUUUGUGUUAUAAUGAAUAACCCUCUUAAUAGAUUGUGUGUUUUGUGAAAUUUAAUUUUGAAGAAUCAUGGUAACUGAAUAAUUUGAAUAUUUUCGUUACUUUUUUUAAUUAGAGAAAGCAUAUAAUUUAUUUAAUAGAUUCUCCCAUGUAUGAACUAUUCCCUUGAACGAUAAUUCAGUUACAAGUAGUUCUAUUCCGUUAUUUGCCUGCAUUCCUAACUGACACAUUUUAUGCUUUGCAGGAACAGGUGCAGUACAAUACGCAGCACUGGUUUCCUUAUCAAGAGGAAAUUAGGACGGUUCUAAUAUUAUCACCAAGAUAUUGGCCGCAAUUUUAUAUUUUUUUAAAGGCCUCAAUUUAAUAUUUCUGGAUACAUUUUCAAAUAAUUUUGUACUUUUAAAUAAGCUUUUGAAAUUAUUUUAUGGUUUAAAAAAUACUUUAAUAGGUUUUGAUGUACGAAUAUAUUUUUAUAUAUGAUAUUUUUUUUUUAAAUAUUUUGAAAUAAUAAUUUUAAAAGGUUAUCAAAAAAAUAUUAGGUUAUUUGAAAAGCUUUUUCAAAAAUAUGAAAUCAAGGCCAUAAUAGGUAGAGAGAACACAAACUUUAAUCACAUUUUUUUGUUGUUAAAAAAGUAGUAUUUUAGGGGUCUCUGUUCCUGUUCAUUGAUCUCUAGGUAACUGGCCACGGUAAACCAAUUUAAUGUAGCAGGUCUUUCUCAGUGCAAGUUUGACUCUCUGACGCAGAAGCUAGGUGAAGUUAUUCUGUCGAAGUUUUGUUUAGUUUUCAUACAUUAUUUUAGUUAAGCUAAUGCCAAUAUGUACAUAGUUUAAAAAUCCAAUUAACUCAAAUAAACACGAUAUAAGCAAAGUAAACAAUGAACAUUACUCAUUUAGAGACGGUUUUAUCUGCUUGGGCAUCAUAAUUAACAUAAUUAUUCAAAAUGAUGUGUCCAAAUGAACAAAAUAAAGCUGGCAAGCCAAUUGCCUGAUUUAUUUUAAUUUCUUAAAUUGAAAUCAGUUUGUAAAAAUAUUUUCUAUAGUACACAAUUCAUGUUUUAUGGAUGUACCCUAAUUUUCCACCAAUGUGUUGGAUUGACAAGUAUAAAUAAUUUAUUGACGCAUAUGUAUAUGUUGUGUUCCAUACUGUAUGACUGUAAAAUAGACAUAAGCAGUUGGUGGUUCUUCAGCAAAUACGAAGUCCACCUAAACAAGGAUUAGAGUAGUCCAUGGGAGCCAGCAUUUCCUUGUACCAAUCUAGAACCUACAGCAAAGUAGAUGUAGCACCAACUGUAGAGAAAGUGUCUGUUUAGUACCCGCUACAAAAUACUUUUCAUUGCUGUCAGUUCAUGCAGGUGACCAAAGGCCAAUAACAUGGCUGCACUAGUCUCCAACCUUGAAAUGAUUCCUAGAUUUACAGAAGCAAUGCUUAUAAUCUGCACAGGUGUCAGAAUAAUCGAGUCACUAUAUAGGUAGAAGGAUGCAAGACCCCAAUUUGUUUCUAAGUGGUCUCACCUUGUCAUAAACCGGUUACGUUAAACCGUUAAGUACUUUGGGUAUUAAAGUUAAUAAGUGAUUAUUAAAAAAUUACAAAGAUGUAAACACCCACAAAUUUCCUUUACACUGGAGCUAAAAUUAGAAUUAUGAAAAUAUAUUCAUUCUGCUAUUACGUAUUGCAAAGCGGAAGUCAGAGAUGUUACAAUAACCAACAUACUGUGAGGAUUUAUAUAUGGACUCAAUGAAAUUUAAGCACCUGUUUGAAACUAAAAUAGCAUGGGACUAAAUUUGGGGUCUGGAUCGAGGAUUAAGAACCACUGCAUUCAGAAUAAAUGUGAAACAGGGCAGCUCAACCUGGAGACUCAUCAAGGUGAUUACAACUUUGGAAUCAUGUGAAUUGAAUGGUAAAACUUCAUGGUAACCUCUCUGGAUCAAAUGAGUCUUCAUAGACUUCCAAGGUAAAACUCUCUAGACAGCUUGGGAGAAAUAGCCGAGAUUCUAUUUGGAGUUUGAAUGCUUAGGAGUUUGGGUUCCAGAAAACAAGGCAAUUACUAAAUCCAACAUCAGAACUGGCUUCAAACUGUUGUCCUGUAAUUGUAAGUCAUGAUUACUGAGCAAGAAUGUUUCAUUUAUGUGUUUAUUAACCAUUUCUAUCCAAUUGUGUUGUAGGAGUUAUCUUUGAGGGUUACUGUAGCAGAAUUCUGUGAUGAUGGUAGGACGGAGAACAUUGGACAUGUUAUUAUUGGUCCUGCUGCAACUGGAAUGGGCAUGACUCACUGGAACCAAAUGCUUGCGACUCUGAGGAAGCCGGUGUCCAUGUGGCACCAAGUCAGAAGGAAUUAGAGCACCUGUGUGGAGUUUGUUUUUCCAAAAUGCCAUUAACAGGAAAGGAAAACAAGAUUGAGUAUUAACACACCCUAUUAAUGCUUAGCGCAUGGGCCACAACUCAGUCUUGAAGAGCAGUACUCCUGCUAGAGGUGUAUGAUUUAUAUAAAUUUUAUGUAUUAUUACAAACAAUUCCCACUGAGAAUCACUGAGCCUUGCGUUAUACAAUAUAUCACACGGAGAGCCUUGAGUAGUUAUGACCUUGGAGAAAUGGAGUGAGGAUUGAGACUCCUGUCUUAGCAGGUAUUAAUAAGGAUCAUGCACUAUUUUGUGUAUGCAUAUGUACAUAUAUAUAUUUUGCAUGGAGCUUAAACAUUCCUUUAAAAAAAAAC